CCCCCCUGCUCUAACCGAAUGGUUUGCCUCCAGCAACAUGGCCGCGAAAACCAUACAGCGACGGUGGCUGAAAAGGACCACAGGACGAGGAGACGCAUAGUGAUGACGUCAAGGUGUCGUUCUGGCUGUUUGCGUCUCCAAGGAAACAGGACGCUUCCCCGUGGAAUCAAGGCGGCAUUUGAAACACCAGCAGGAGGGAACAGAUAUAGGUGCUUGAAUGUAAUCUCAACUACAAAUAUAUGUAUCACUUUAUCUAUGUAUAUAUACACCAAUAUAUAUGUCUGUAUCACUUUAUAUAUAUAUAUAUGUAUAUAUCCUCAUAUUAUGUCCUCUUCUGCAACUGUCAUUAGUCUAAUACUAUCCUUACCUUUUUGUGUCACUAUACCCCACUCCCUCUAGCAUGUAAGCUCAUUGAGCAGGGCCCUCAACCCCUCUGUUCCUGUGUGUCCAACUUGUCUGGUUACAAUUACAUGUCUGUUCGUCCACCCAUUGUAAAGCGCUGCAGAAUUUGAUGGCGCUAUAUAAAUAUCAUAAUAAUAAUAAUAAUAAUUAAUGUACACACACUUUAGCUAACUCUCCAGGUUCUCCAGUAUCAUAUGUGCGUAUGUUUCCAUUUGUUUUGCAGGAACAAGAGAAAUUAUUAAGUUGGGAUGACCAGUUAAUGUUCGGAGUGAAGUAAAAGGAUUGGGUUUUUUUUGUUUUUUUUGCCAAGUUCCUGAUUUUUCACUGAACUUUCAUCGAUUCUGGCAACCUUUUCUCCUCAAUUCUGAUAGAAUCGUGAAAAAUGCCUUUGAAAGUUGUGGUUGAGCUUCAGAUCCAUGCGGUGAGAAUACUUCUAGUAUUAUUAAUCAUGUUAAUAUUAUGUUUAAAACUUGAAGUGCCCUGCACACGACACGUGCUCAUGCAGCAUUCCUCUGUAGAUGCCCAAAUGUGUAUGGGCAUAUAAAUUAUUCAUAAUGGGGUGGCAAAGUUGUCCACAACAUGGAAGUGCGUUUUUCUUAUCCUCCCCACACUUUAAAGAACUGUAAUUUUCCUGGAAGUAACAUUUCUCCUAUAAGUUGGUAGGAGGCCCCAGAAACAGCAGGGUAAAGCCCAUAUAUCAAAAGUAAUGGGACCCCAGUCUCCUUGUUAUGUUACUGUGUUUAUGUCUUCAUCCACUGGCAUGGCUCUUUUCAUGGAUAUUUACUAGCAUACACGGCCUAUUAAAAUCCAUACUGUCUAUGUAAUGAUAGUAAUUUCUAUAAUGUAAGAGAUUGAUGCCAGUAUAUUUAUGAUGAGAUUGUUUGCUACUAAUGUUAUAUCGCAUUUUGUUGAAAACCUUUUUUGAAAACCAUUUUGUGUGGUUUGAGUGCUUUCUUACUAUGGCACUGAUGAUUUUCUCCCAUUAAUUACAACUCUGGUGAAACCUGAAGGGGCCAAUAUGCCAGCAUCAGCAGGGAUUAAGCAGUGGGGUCAGGGGACAACCAAGGCAAGGCAAAGGUCAUUCCCCUGUUAUUGUUGGAAAUUAGGAACAUCAGUCUUUUUGUAAUAAUAGUCUAUCAAGGGUUUCAAAUACUGGAACUAUGUACUACUGUUAGAUCUCAGCUAAUAGUUGGACCGUUGAUUUUAAAAAAGUGAUUCAAUGUUGUCACUCACUGCUCUACCAAGUGUACAUAUUUAAUCCAACUGGAGUGGUAUCUGUAGUCUACACUGACCUACACAAGUACACUGAUAAUAUAGACCUUUCCAUCUUUAUAGAAUGACUCAAGUUUGUUUGAAACUCUCCCAAUUAGGUAACUUGUCCUGGGGUAUUUUUGCCAGAAAGAGAUGAUAUUUUUCUCAGUGUUUCUGUAAUGAACCAAAAUAAGGAGACCGGAGCACUUCCUGCUGUAUUUCCCCUGUUGUUUCACGAAAAGAUGAGAUUUGAAAAGGUGAGAAAUAUUUCCUACUUUUAUGUAUUUCAUUGGUUUUGUACCUCAAACAUGUAGAUGGUUUUCUUCAUUUCAAAUUAUAUGUAGCAAACAUGUAAUUUGUAAAGUUAUUAUUUUUGUUGGAUUGAAACAGUGAUAAUGUAUCCGAGAGUCCUUUGCUGAGCCAACUUUAAUUUUUAUGGUAAUGCAGUGGUUUAAACAAAAAAAAAGUAAUAUUUCUUGUCAGUUAAAAGAUGCUAGAAUAAGGGCUUUACCUCCAUAUGUGUGUUAACAGACAACUGGAUCCCAUACUGCAACAUCAAGAUAAGCCUCUCCCCGGUCGAUCGACUGAAAGAAACAUUUGUUCUUCUAUAAUAUAAAAGCUGUAAUUAGAUGUUGGGGUAAAAAGGUUUGAUUCCCUAGUCCCUCCCCCAAUUAUCUACUUUUAUAUUAUGGGAGAAAACAUUUUAUUUGAGAAUAGCUUGGGAAAAGGCUUUUUUUUUCUCGGCGCUCCAGUAUGGGAUCUGAUAGUGAUUUAAAUAACAGUAUUUUAAUAUUCUACUAAAAACCUUAAAUCCACACUAAGCUGGUAUGCCUUAUUGUAGUAGAGCAAAAUAUUAAAGGAAAAAUAUAUGGCAAGUAAGAAAUAAAUGUUGUGCCUUCAUUGUAAAAACACAAAAUCUUAUAAGUGUAGAACAGCUGAGCAUUAACAGAAGUAAUUUGACAUGAUAUUUUAUAACUUGGGAGUAUAUGCUGGACCUUGCCCAGUGCAUUAACAGUAUGCUCCAUAGAAAGUGGUGGGACAACCAUCAGGGCUUAGCUCAGUAGCGCUAAUGGAAACUCUUGCUUAGGAACCUUUGGCUUUUCAUAGUAAGUAGUGCAGGAAGGGAUAGUGCCCAGCAGACCCCAGGUAAGAAGUAAAGCCAUUCUGAAAUGGCAUGACUCCUUUCAAAAUGGGGUGCAACGGCUCUCCUUUUACCAUAACCACUAUGGUGAGCUGUAGUUGGUAUGGUUCUCUUUUCCGUUGUUUAUAUUUUUAUGAAACUCAAUACCAUUUUUAGUUAUACAUAAGAUAAAAUGGAGCAUGAUCUUUAGCAGCCUUUUCCAAUGGAUGGAGAUUAAAGGACAACUGUCAUCAAAUUUUCACUUAUUGUUUUUAAAAAUAUAUUACAUUUCAAUGAAGCUUGAUGAUAUAUUUUUUAAAAUACACACACAUAUAUAUAUAUAUAUAUAUAUAUAUAUAUAGUUUUUGGAGAAAAUGUUCACUUUGCAUUCAAUUGCAGGUUUUUCGAAAAGCCACCGAUCCUGCCGUAGUAGCACAACUUCUGGAAAGUAUGUAUAAUUUUAUAGAUUAUCAAUGGCUUAUGAUUUGUUCACUAAUGUUGUAUCCUCUAAUGACUGAGUCUUGCAAUACCGUUAUGUACUGUAUAAAACACAGCCACGUUGUUAGGGCUAUAUUUAGAAAUAAUAAUAAAAACAACAUUUCAUAAAAACCACCAUCUAGCCCCCCUGGGCCUCUCAUGCCUCCAUAAAUAUAGCAAAAUCUUACUGUAUUCAACCCAGAAGCUGUAGAUCUGCAUGCUGUUAGACUCAGAAAAACAAGCAGUCUGCUGACAUCAGCAGAAGUGGUAGCCAGAUCCAUUCACAGUGCUUCCCCAUAGGAUUGACUGAAACUGACAAAGAGGCAGAUCAGGGGCAGAGCCAGCAUGAUUCAAACACAGCCCUGGCCAAUCAGCAUCUCCUCAUAGAGAUGAAUUGAAUCAAUGAAUCCCUAAGAGGAAAAUUCAGUGUCUGCAUGCAGAGGGAGGAGACACUGAAUGUUUGGAUGCAUUUUAGGGAGCCAUGACCCAGGAAGGAUCUCUAACAGCCAUCUGAGGAGUGGCCAGUGAAGUUAUCACUAGGCUGUAAUGUAAGCACUGCUUGUAGUUGUUCUGGUGACAAUAGUGUCCUUUUAAAGUUGUGUUGAAUAUAUUCAGAUGGUUAUUUUGCAGCUGCAAAUUCUGUUACUCAAAUUUAUCUAAAUUCAGAAUAUGUAAACCAUAGGAAAAUGGCUUUGAAUCAAAAGAAGUUUGGUAGGAUCCCGGACAGCAAACUAACCUUAGUAGAAUACAUGUAAAAAAAAUUCCCACAGUUUGCUUUUCCAGAGGCUAAAAUAAUUAAAUAAAUAAAACAUAAACUGAGAUAUUUUGGAUGUAUGCCACAUUCUCUGAAUGAGGGUUAAAGGGACACUGUAGUCACUAUAACCAUUUGAUUUGAUGAAUUGGUUAUAGUGCCUGGUGUACCCUGUUAAACCAUGUCCGAGUAGUUUAAAACAGUACAAGGGUCCCUAGCCACCCACAGUCCAGCCUCUUUCCUUGUAGUCAUACCUAUUCAUACUGUCAGUUCUAGCUCUGAAAGGCUAAAGGCAGUCAGCUGACACUCCCUUAGCCAAUCACAGCUUCCCAUUGCUGCUCAGGCUAAUACUUCCUCAUUAGCCAAAGCAACAUAGGGGAUGGACUGCCGGGGAGUCUCAUUUAGCAUUAAAACAUAAAAACAUUAAAAACUGUUUAAUGCUGAAUUAAAUGAGGGUACCAGGGACUCUAGACACUAUGACCAAUUUAAUAAGGUGAAGCAGACAGCCUGCAGUGUCCUUUAAAGAGCACAGAUAGAGUAGGCACACUUGUCUUGCCAAUUCAUUAAUAAAGAUGAUCCUUCUACUUUAAGAGAUGAAGGCGGUUGUAAGGUCUAGGGAAGGCAUAGGAUGUUUGGCUACACCUCCCAUGAUGCUUUGCCAGCAUUAUGGGGGAUGUCGUCCAAAACAUCAAGAGUGCCAAAGGUUGCCUAUCCCUGGUCUAGGGCACUGAUGGCUAACCUCGACACCAUAAAUUGUUUCUUGACUACAUUUCCCAUGAUGCUCAGCUAGCUUUAAGACUAUAAAAGCUAGGUGAGCAUCAUGGGAAAUGUAGUCCAGAAUCAAUUUAUGGUGUCAAAGUUUGUGCCAUCACUGGUCUAGGGUGACCUAAUUCUGCAGGUGUGCUGGGUACAGCUUGUUAUAACUAUCUCCUGGUUUUUAGAAGCUCAUGCGGAUCGACACUUCUUUAUACUUAUAAAAAAUAUUGAUUGGGCCUAUUUAUUUAUUUACUCAUUAAUCCGUUUAACUGCAAUUAAAGUUUUCAGUUAGGCUCUCAGUUAACAACCCAAUACCUGUGCUCUGCAUAGGAAUCUUGCUUAUAUGGCAGCAGGAUUCCAUAGACCAGUAAUGGCAGAUUUAUGGAAAAAUACUUUUAAUAAAUAGUCAAAUUUGAUUGUUUUCAUCUCACUGCUCAAUCAGAUCUUUCAAUUGGUAUAUCAUUUGGUCUAUUAGACCCUUAGAGUGAUGUGUUCAUGUAUUUAGGACAGAUUUAAAUAUAAAAAAGAUUUAUGGAAACGUCCCAUAAAAUGUUUUACAUUAUCGCUACCUAAAACCAGCUUUUCACACAUUUUCUCAAAAUUACUUCUAGGUGCAUGAGAGAUUUUCCCCUUUUAUAACUUUAGCUGUACUUCUUUACAUAUGAUGAAAAUGACUUAAUAGCCAGAGUGGCUGUCUAAAUAUCCACAAGUCAAUAAUUAUAUGUACAAUUUCAGAAGUGUUAGAAAUGUGAAGUGUUUUAAAAAUUGUCCAUGAUACUUCCAAAUCGUCCACCUCGACCCAUGGCUGGAAAUUAUUCAUGAUACUUUCAAAUUGUCUGAGACCCAUGGCUGGAGUGUUUUAUCUUCCCCUUCAACCACUUAAAUCUGCUAAUAAUCAUGCCAUAAAAUGAGUUUCAGUCCCUUUGUUGUGUUUAAAGGACCACUAUAGUGCCAGGAAAACAAACUCGUUUUCCUGGCACUAUAGUGCCCUGAGGGUGCCCUUACCCUCAGGGUCCCACUCCCGCCGGGCUGAAGGGGGAGGAAGGGGUUAAUCACCUACCUUUUUUCCAAUGCCGGGCUCCCUCGGCGCUGGGGGUCUCCUCCCUCUUCUGAUGUCAUCGGCUGAAUGUGCAUGCGCGUGCCUAUAGUGGUCCUUUAAAGAUCUAUAUAUAAAUGCUGGUAAAGAGUACCUCUGCAUAUAAUGUAUGUUUUUUUAGAAGAACUUGUAACCCCAUUUGUUUGCUUAUUUUAAAGGUACACUAUAGUUACUAGAACAACUACAGCCCUGCAGGCUUUUUUUUUUUUUUUAUAAUUCUUUAUUUUAUUUGUGCAUAUGAUUAACAGGUGAGUUUGCUUUGCCACAACAGCAUGAGCAAAUCGAACUUUACACACAUAAGGAUAUCAACAUGGCAUUUUAGGCAUUGCACAUUUUUAUGUUAGAAUAUUAGGAUACACAUAAAUGUCUCAGCGAUAUGUGGUACAGGAUGGACAAAACAACAGUGACCUCAGUGGCGUAAGAUGGGUGUUCACAUCAAUUAUCAACGUUUUAGUGUUAUGAUGUUGGUGUAGUUAUAUUCAGCUACGCUUUUCUAAGCUUGAGAGAGGGGCAUGCGAUCUAUACAGUGACAUCAGGUCUAAAUGGCCAUUCUUUUUUCCUGCGUAAGGUUAUAUGUCUAUCUAUCCGAGUAAGUUAGGUAGUAAACAGUAUUUGUUAUCCUUGCUAAGAUUUAUCUAUAACAUAAAAUAGCUCCGUUAACAGUGGGAGUAAUGAACAGGCUAUAACAAGGUUAUGUGGGGCUGGGAUAAACACUUCCCAGUGUUUGGGUACACAUGGUUCUGCAGUUUGUGUAGUGUUAUAUGUGCCCUACUAGAUGUAGGUUGAACAAAGGCAUAUUAAAUCACGCGUGUCUGUGGAACACAGAAAUGUAGGUUUAACUAAGACGCACGCUCGUGUUGGGGAGACAAUAGAGGUGCCGUCUGGUGGCAACCAUGAUACCGUACAAGGUCAUCUACUGCAAGGUGAGUAACCUGAGCCGCGGGUCUUUACCCGCUUUGACAGUGUCCCUUUGGGGGCGUAUUGUCCAGCUGCCCUCACGUUUUAGGGCAUCUCUUUCAGCGUGUGUCCACCAGGUGUAUAGAAUUGUCCAGCUUGGGGGGAGUCCUCGUUAAUACCAAAGACUCUGGGUCAGUGUCCCUCAUAUGAAGAUAAUUUUCGCUUUAGCAAGCGGCUUAUCUGAUCAGCAAUUUGUUUCCCUGUAGGACCGGGUAAUCAAUCAAGUGGUGAGUGCCACAUACGGGUCGGGUGUACGACCUGUCGGUAUGAACGGGAUGGAUCUCUCCGGGUCCCAUGAAAGUUGGUGUCGGGGGGUAGCGCUCUUCUGGCCUGCCUGGAUGAGGGAGUCCGGCGGUAUGCCCAGUGCCUGUAGGAAUGGAGCUGCAUCGGUCAGUUCCCUGAUUUGGUAGGAGUCCGGCCCCUGCUGUACGGUGAGAACGUGGGUCUUCUGCCAUCGGUAUUUAAUGUCUCUUUGGCGGAGAAGCGUGGUAAGUGGCUGGAGGGAUCGUCGCCAAGCCAGGGUGUCUCUCGAGAGGUCGGUAAAGAAGCUCACCGCCAUCCCCUCAAAUUGGUACGGUGUUUUGCCCCUCAAGGCGGCUUGGAUUGCUAUUUUGUCCUGUCUGGUUUGAAAGGUAAGUAUAGUGUCUCGUGUGGCUUCGGUUGGCGCUUUUGGCGAUUUGGGGAUCCUGAAUAUGUUGGCAAGGACAAUCUUGUUAGCCUGUGUGGGUGACAAUAUAACUGCAAAGAGGCGCUUGAUCACCUGCGGUAGUUCUGUGUCCGGGAUCGUUUCAGGGAUCCCUCUGACUUUCAGAUUAUCCUGUCUCCCGGCAUCUUCCUGCUCCGCCAUGCGGUGUUCAUGUAGCUUUUGUUGCCGUUGGAGAUCUUGCACGUUUUGUCUGAGUUCCCAAAUGUCUCGGGUAACAGUUUCUGUUGCACUCUCUAGUGUGUUUAAGCGAGUUGUUAGCCCCUUCAGGUCGCCCCGUAGUGCCGCAAUAUCAUUAUGCAGUUCUUUAUGAUGGUCAGCAAGAAGCUGCGUGAGGACCGAUAUAGUCACUGGUGCGGUGUCUGGGUUGGUGUUGGUCGGCUGUGUCUGCUUUCCCAGCUUGGGGGCUGGCAUAUACUCCUCUCCGGAGAAGUCUUCGGAAAAGUCGGAGCAGCCGCCGUGGAGCGCCGCCAUGUUGGUCUCGUUAGCUUCGCGGGCCUGUCUCCACAUGUCGCCGAUUGUAAGUCCCUGGGUGUUUUUUUCUUUUGGUGUUUUUUUAGUUUUUCGCCCCAUGUCACACAGGGGUGUGUGGUGUAUCUUUGCUGUGGUUUGGGGGUGCCCAGCCUGGGUUUUUCCCGCAAGUUUUCAGUUUUUCUCACGGAGCUCUCUGUCCGUGCGACCGCUUGUCUCGGUGGUCAAGCUCCGCCCUCCCUGCAGGCUUUUUAAUGUAAACACUGCCAUUUCAGACUAAAGGCAGAGUUUACAUUGGUGCCUAAUAACACCUCUAGUGGCAGUCACUCAGACUGCCAGUAGAAGUGCUUCCUGGGUCAUUACUGCACAGUGUGGCGCAUAGCGGCAUUUUGCCAUGCAUACGCAAUAGCCUCCCAAUGCUUUCCUAUGGAAAAGUAUUGGAUUGGCUGAGAUUGUCAAAUUUUAUGAUCUUAACCACAGGGAUGGGGCCAGCUGCAGCGAAACCGGCUCGGUGCUAGAAAAAAAGGUAAACUCAUCUUUUUAAAGAGAGGCAAGGGGGGAUGGUGUCCUAAACUAUGUUUUUAGAACUGUAGUGUCAGUAAUACAUAUUUGUAUUCCUGACACUAUAGUGUUCCUUUAAGCAUUCGCUCCAGUCACCAUUCAGGCUCAUUCAGAGCCAUAGCUUAUGAGUAUAUCCCAAACAAUAUACAAUCGAUAAAUAAUAUAAAAAGCAAUAGUACUUAGCUUAUAAAGAUGUAUGACAGCCUCCCUAGGUCGUUACCCAAACAAGCGACCUAUAUCAUAUAUAGUAUAAACCAAAACAGAGAAGAUUCGGGAUAUGGCUGUGUAAAUCUACAGAGAAAGCAUAAAACAAAACAUAGUGUGAUAUUGUUAUAAAACACAAUAUUUCAUGCGCAGUAAUCUUGUGCACUCACAGGAUGUAGGCAGUAAAAGCGCUCUUAAGGUGCCUUCCCCAAUGAAAUGGGGGGCUAGCUGGUGUUCCUUAUCACCUCUGGAUCCUUGUUCCACCAAAAGACAUCCACAGGUCAGGGUUCAGUAAUAAAAAAUGUAUUUAGAUAAAAAGUGUAGUCACCAAUUCAGCAUAGGAUACAAAUAACAAAAGGUUGUCCUACGCGUUUCGUUCUAUAAGAACUUCCUCAGGGACCACAAUUAAAAACAAUAAUAACAAUGUAUCAAUGUACAAUACAUGAACAUAGGAUAUAGAACGCGUUUCGUUCUAUAAGAACUUCCUCAGGGACCACAAUUAAAAACAAUAAUAACAAUGUAUCAAUGUACAAUACAUGAACAUAGGAUAUGUUCAUGUAUUGUACAUUGAUACAUUGUUAUUAUUGUUUUUAAUUGUGGUCCCUGAGGAAGUUCUUAUAGAACGAAACGCGUAGGACAACCUUUUGUUAUUUGUAUCCUAUGCUGAAUUGGUGACUACACUUUUUAUCUAAAUAAAUUUUUUAUUACUGAACCCUGACCUGUGGAUGUCUUUUGGUGGAACAAGGAUCCAGAGGUGAUAAGGAACAUCAUUCAGAGCCAUAUCUGCAAAAUCUGGAAAUUGUUGCAGGUAUAGUGAACAAUGUCUGAAUUUUUAAGUCAGAUUGGGCCCGUACAACAGCGAAUGGUUUUGCCCUACUCGUUUCAGGGCAAUUUUAGUCAAUAACCCUGUUUGACUUAUUUUCAAAUGUUCGCUUGGUGCAAUUCCAUAUGUCCGAAUGGAAUUUCCAAAACAAAAAAAUGCACGAAUUUUGUCAUGCAUCAGUUGACAAAAUUCAGUUGGGAUGAACCAAAAUUAUUUAUUUUGGCGGCUUUUGAAAACCAUCUGUAACUUGUUAUAAUAAUUUUUUUAUGUGAUGCUCUAUUUUCUUUUAAAGGGACACUUUAGUCACCAAAACAACUAAAGCUUGUUCUGGUGAGUAGACUCAUACCCUUCAGGCUUUUUUCUGUAAACGCUGUCUUUUCAGUAAAAAUGCAGUGUUUACAUUACAGCCUAGUGAUAACUUCACUGGCCACUCCUCAGAUGGCUGCUAGAGCUGCUUCCUAUCUCAGUUUUGCCUAGUGUUCAUCACAACAUAUCAGUGUCUCCACCCUCUGCAUGCAGACACUGAACUUUCCUCAUAGAGAUUCAUUCAUUCAUUGGCUCAGACCACCACUGCUAAUGAUGUCAGCAGUCAGUUUGCUAUUCUGAGCCAGACAGGGGCAGAACCAGCAGCUUCAAGCUUGAAUACAAGUAAGAUUUUACUAUAUUUACGGAGGCAAGAGAGGGCCAGGGGGUCUAGAUGGUGGCUUUAACACUAUAGGCCCUAUAGCAGGAAUAGGCAACCGUUGGCACUCCAGAUGUUGUGGACUACAUCCCCCAUAAUGCUCUUACACCCAUAAUGCUGGCAAAGCAUCAUGGGAGAUGUAGUCCAAGACAUCUGGAGUGCCAAAGGUUGCCUAUGCCUGCACCCCUGGCCCUCUCUUUAAUGGAGCACUAUAGGGUCAGGAACACAGACAUAUAUUUCUAACCCUACAUUUAAAGGUUUAUAUUAAAGAUUUAGCAUUUAUUGACUCCACAAUUCAGUCCAGUCCAGGCACAGCCAGGGCACACAUUGUGUUGGAGGAUAGAGAGAAACACUGGAGGAAAUUUAUGAAAGUGUUGGGUUCUGAAAAGUGGUGCAAACAUGUUAAAAAGGAGGAGUCAAAUGCCAAAUGGUUCCACUGGUUUCCUUGGUCAUUGUCUCACUUUUAGUAUUUUGCACAUUUUUUUCAGAAGACAAUACUUAGGUAAAUGUAUCUUGUUGUUUCUGUUUCUCCACUUCUCUUUAAACUAACUGAAAGAUACAUAGGGCAGAGCUCAUAAAAAUGAUUCACAGAGAGCAAACAUAGAUACACUAAGCUCCAGGAUAGCAGUAAAUACAUAUAUGUGGAUUUAACAAUGUUUUAUUACUGAACUGUGCAAUGACUCCAGUGGUCUCCUGGCACCAUAGCCAGGUCAAUGAGAUAAAGUGGUUAUGAUGCCUAGAGUGUCUCUUAAUAUAGGGGACUCUAAAAAAAAUAAAAAUAUUAUCAUUAAGUCAUUCAAAAUAACAGUUCCCCUUUAAGAAGGGGAAAUAAGUAACACAUAACUGCAGUAUAAAAGGGGAUCUAUAACACAGUUUUAUAUAUUAAACAAGUAUAUAUUGUUGUUCUCAACUAACAAAUGCAUCAUAACAUAUAUAUCUUGUGAUUCAUUACAGAACAUAUGGCAAGAUUUGAACUAGUACAGCUCAGAAACCCAGGUACAUUUGACAAAGUUUUUGUUUUAUUUCAAAUGCUAUCACCUGCCUAAUGUCACUGUGAUACAUUGUCCCACUAAUUUAAUUAUGUGUAAAUCAGUAAUAUAUUGACCUGGGAACCGGGCUGGAUUUAACCUCCUUGCUGCCUAAAAGCCAGUUUCCUCAAUGUAUGUGUGUGUGUAUGUAUAUGUAAAAAUCGAAGGGAUAGUCCACACUCUCGGUCUUAAUAAAAUGUAACUUUUAAUAUUUACAUUAUAAAAAACAAUUGUGAUGCUAAACAGAGUCAACCUUUCAGUCCCUGUUCAGGACUUUCCAUAGGACAGCAUAAUGUAAGAUUAUAAACGGUGAUAUUUAUAAGUGGAAUAAGUGCUACAACUUACCCCAGGUGUGUAUCGCCCGCGUUCACCUCUGUCAAUUGCGCAUGCAUUCUGAACCUUCCCCGUGCCCUGUGAUGACGUGGAGAAGAGGUUAGACUCCGAUCAAUGAUGAUGAGAUAUACAAAACAAAUUGAUCGGAGUCUAACCCCUUCUCCACCAAUAGGAAUUAAGGCGUCUGAUGUUUCCAUGGUAUCUCAUAUCCUUUGUCUCAGCACGUAUCCACGUCAUCACAGGGCGUGGGGAAGAUUCAGAAUGCAUGCGCAAUUGACACAGGUGAACGCAGGCGAUAUACAACUGGGGUAAGUUGUAUCACUUAUUCCUCUUACAAAUAUCACUGUUUUGUAAUCUUAUGCUAUGCUGUCCUGAGGAAAGUCCCGAACAGGUACUGAAACGUUGACUGUGUUUAGCAUCACAAUUGUUUUUUUAUAAUGUAAACAUUAAAAGUUACAUUUUAUUAAGACCGAGAGUAUGGACCAUCCCUUCUAAUUUUGUAUACAUGUGACUACGGUCUGGCACCAGGCAUUCACAACUUUAUUGGAAUCAGCCUGCAUGCAGGGAAAUAUAUAUAAUGCAACUUGUUAGGGGCAUGAUUGACUGGUAAAUGUGAUAAGGUGGGUGGUUGGGUGUUAAGUGCUUGGAGACAAUGUGUAUAUGUGUGUGGAAGCUGCAUGUGAUGUUGCAUGUUUACAUAAGGAAUCGUUCGCACAUGUAGCAGAAUAUUUGUCAAUUUUUCAAUUAUUAUAUAACACUGAGAAACAAAAACCAGAAAAUAAUUACAAUUAAAAUAUGAAAAUAAAAAGAAGAAAAGGAAAAAAAGGUUGAUGAAAUCUAAUGCAUCCGACUAACAUCUGUAUUUAUGCUGUAGAGGGAAAAUGCCACCAAGGAUCACAAACUUUAUAGAAAGAAGGCCAGAUGUUAUGCACUAUGGCAGUUAAUUGAUCCAUUCAGUGAUUUUUGUCUACUUUAGCUCUGAUCUCUCUGAUCGAAGGGGCCAGUACUACCAGAAAUGAUGCCGCUAUCUAUGGGCAUAGGUAGAAAAAAUAGCCAGGGAUCCAAAUCAAAGGGGAGUUAAAUUACUUUUGUUUCUGUCCAUGCAGCCUUAGUUACACCUCAUUUUCAAUCAUAUGCUAACUCAAGUUAGAGGUUUUUUUUAUCUCCUGAUCUGUAAAUUGAACUUUAAAACAAACAGGGGACUCCUGCAGGGUCUAGCAGGGUAUUACCAGGGCGGGAGAUAAGAAAUUCUAAAUUAUCAGACUAUGCAAUAUAAGAAGUUUAAACAUUCAAUCUCUCUUUAGAGGAAGCAUUUAGGAAGCUGUGUAAGUCACAUGUAGGGAGGCGUGACUGCAUAAGCAAAGUGAAUUAACUCCUAAAUGACAGAGAUUAAAGCAGUGAGACUGCAGGGACAUGAUCUAUACACCAAAACUGUUUCAUUAAGCUAAAGUUGUUUUUGUGCCUAUAGUAUUCAUGUAACACUGUAGAUUUAAAAGUGUUAAUUCUUUUUUGUUAAAAGUUUAUAUGUCUAAAUGGAAGUGUUUAUAGUGUCCAUAUUUGGAAAUUAACUAUGUUUUUAUUUUAUUUUUUUAUUUUUUAAGGAAAAAUAAAGGGUUUAAUCAUAGAGCUAUUAUCUGUUUAACAUUUUAUCGCUUCAGUUACAAGUUUAAUUAAAAAAUGCCUCUUUAUUGCUUAAAUUAAACAGACUUUUAAGAAGCCAUACAAAUUUUUUUUUUUUUUAAAGUCUUUAUUGUCAAAAACGCAUAUUACAGAGUUAGAUAAUAGCCAUAUAUGGGAAAUACAUGGUUUGAAAUAAUAGAGGAAGGUUACACAUGUUGAGUAUAGGUCUGUUCUGUACCGUCCUGAGUGGUCGGGGGCUAUGACUAUUCAGGGUAAACAUGGUGGUGGAAGGGGAGGGAAUGUCUUCUAGUCCCGUUGGGUCUUGUCAUAGUGUGUGGGUCUAUCACUCGUCACUUUGCAGGGUGUAUAUCCGGUCUUCAUAAGGCCAGUACGUCGUGCCCACAGUGUGGGCUGGGCUUGUCUCAUUGUUGAGGUAGUCAAACUCUCGCUCUGAGAGUGUGAGCUGCGUGAUACUCUGUACGUGUUCAGUUAGAGUUAUGAUACUUGAGGGUGUUAGCAGAUGGCCCGUUUGGACCGUAAGCGUGCUUCUCUUGUGCGUCUCAUCCUAUUAUCGUCAUCUAGUGCGGUUGAUGCCUGUGGUGAGGGCCAAAAAGAAGAGGGGGGGACUGGAACUAGGGGUGGGAAAGGAUGUGGGGAGGUGGUCUCAGACAGACCGGUGCUGAAUCUAGACCGUCUCGUUGUAUGCGAAACGGUGGGCAAUCUCUAGUAUAGUCUUAAGUAUGGAUGUGAAUCAUGGGAUCUGGUUUGGUCAUGAAUUUUUCCCAGGGGCUCCACACCUCACGAAAGAGUGGGUAUGUGUGUGUUAUGGAUGCAUGAAUUUCUUCCAUGUCUUUAAUCCCAUCUACCUUCGUGAUCCAUUCUCUGAUUGUGGGGGUCUCAGGGUUUUUCCAUUUUGCGGGAAUGAGGGCGUUGGCCGCUAAGAGUAAUUGUGCUACCAGCGUACGCAUUGGCUUCGGUAGAGGCGUGUGUGGGAGCAAGAAGAGUAGGGAUUGGGGUGUUGUGGGGAGCGUCAGCCCCGUCACUAUCCUGACCAUUGACAGAAUGUGGUUCCAGUAUAUUUGUAUGUUAGGGCAGUGCCACCAUAUGUGUGCUAAGGUCGCCCCCUGUUGAUGGCAUUUCCAACAAGUACCCUGGGUCUGUGGGAAGAGGUUAUGUAAUUUCGCCGGUGAGUAGUGCCAGCGAGAUAUUCUCUUGUAUCCACUUUCUUGUAACCUGUUGCAAAUGGAGGUUUUGUGGAUUUGUGUAAGUAUAGUUUUCCACUGGGGUUCUGGGAGGGUUAUGUUAAGGUCCCUCUCCCACGCCUCUGUGAACCUGGGUAUCGACUUAUUAUGGUUGUCUUGAAUAAGUUUGUAGAACGUCGAGAGGUGUUUGGUUUUAACGUUCUGUGAUGUACAGUGUAUUUCGUAGUCUGUGAGUGUGCGGGAACCUGUUUUUAAUAUAGGGUUGGACUCUAUGAAGUGGGUCAGUUGUACAUAGUGGAAAGUUGUCAGGGUGGACGGUUUGUCUUGUGUUGUUAGUUCGGUGAGAGGGCGGAUAGAGUUGUUGUCUAAUACUCUCCUCAGUGUGAGAUAAAGCGCAUCGGCCGAAUCCUGGAAAUUUUGAUAGGUGGCCUUCUGUAAGCCCGGUGGAAAGAGUGGGUUGUGCGUGAUUGGGUAUAAGGGAGACGGGUGUGGGGAGAUGUUUGGGAGUUCUCUUAUACGUGACCAAACCUUGAGUGUAGGGAGGAUUGUGGGGUGGGAGGCAUGGUGGGUAAGUAGCGCGGUCAUGUUAGUUCUUUGCCACGGUAUUGUGUAGCGGGGUAUCUUGAAUGCAGCGCUUUCGAGCUUUCCCCAUUGCCUUGCCGGAGGACUGGUGGUCCAUUCAUAUAUCCUGGAUAGGAUGGCGGCUUGAUGGUAUCUUUCCAUGUGUGGUAGGCCUAGGCCUCCGCUGGCUUUGUGUUUGGUUAAAAUUUCGUAGGGGAUUCUAGGAUGUUUAUGUGCCCAGAUGAAGGUGAUGAAAAGUUGUCUUAAUUUGGUGAAGUAUGAUUUGGGUAUAGUGAUGGGUAGGGUUUGCAGUAGGUAAAGCACCUUGGGGAGUACUGUCAUCUUAAGGAUGUUAAUCCUACAGAGCCAACUAAAUUGCGGUUUGUGCCAGUCGUUAAGGUCUUUAUUAAGGGAUUGGAUAAGGGGUUCAAAGUUUAGGCUGAAUGUAGAUUUUAGGUCUGCUGGAAGGUGGACUCCCAAGUAUGUGAUGGCCUUGUCAGCCCAAGCGAACUGGUACAGGUGUUGCAAGUGCUGUUGCCUAGGGGGUUCGAGUCUGAUAGGUAGAAUUUUGCUCUUGGAGAAAUUUACUUUGAAGUUGGACAUUGUGUUAUAGAGUGAGAUCUCGGCCAGGAGGGGCGCCAGUGAUGUGUCAGGGGAUCCUAAGGUGAAAAGCAGAUCGUCGGCGAAUGCCGCGACUUUAUAUUCUGUCUGUUGUACUACAAUGCCCUUUAUGUCAGGGUUAUCUCUGAUGCCAUUUAGAAAGGGUUCUAGGGUGAGUAUGAAUAGGAGGGGGGAGAGGGGGCACCCCUGUCUCGUACCAUUUCGAAUGUGGACAGGGUCGGACAGUUGUCCAUUGAUCCGUAGUUUCGCCGUAGGGGUCGAGUAAAUGGCUUGUAGCCACCUGGUCCAUUUAGGUCCUAUUCCCAUUGUUUUCAGGGUCGUCAGCAGUAAUACCCAGUCUACUCUAUCAAACGCCUUUUCCGCGUCGAUGGACAGCAAUAGACUGUCUGUCUGAAGGCGUUGUGCGUGAUAGAUUAAAUUCAGGAUUUUGGUGGUAUUAUGUUUGGCUUCUCUGUUUGGGACAAAUCCGGCUUGGUCCGUGUGUAUGAGUGUGUCAAGCAGUGGUCUUAGUCGGUUAGCCAGUAUUUUGGUGAAAAUUUUGAGAUCUAUAUUAGGGAGAUUGGACGGUAACUUCCGCAGUUAGUCGGGUCUUUUCCUGGCUUUGGAAUGAGAGUUAUGUGGGCUUCUAGGGCAGAGGCGGGUAGGGAGGCGGUGAGAGCUACUGAAUUAAAGGCUUGUUGGAAUGGUUCCGUCAGGCCAUUUGUGAAUGUCUUAUAAUAUUUAGCUGUGAAGCCAUCAGGGCCUGGGCUUUUCCCCAAUGGGAGUUUGCGGAACGCUAUUUGGGCUUCUUCUGGGGUGAUUGGGGCUUCUAGUGCCUGGAGUGCGCUGGCGGGGAUGGUCUGGUGGAUUCUAGAAGCGAGAAACGUUUCCACUUCGUGUUCAGGUGGGGGGGAGUCCCUGAGGUUGUAUAGUUCCGUGUAGAAGGCUUGGAAGGAUGCUAGAAUGUCUGGUAAUUUAUGCGAUACGUCUCCGCGUGGGGUUUUGAUUUUGGAUAUGAACGUCAUUUGGCGUUGGUUUUUUAGGGCACGUGCUAGCAGCCGACCGCUUUUCCCACUUUGGGCGUAGUAGGUGUGUUUGGUGCGUAGGAGGGAGUGUUUAACAUUUGCGUUGAGUAUAUCUCGCAGCUCUGAGCGUUUGGCUGUGAGUGUCGUGUAAGUAGUUAGCCUGGUAUCACGUUUGUGUAGGUUCUCGAGAUCUCUAAUUUCGGUCGUGAGGGAGUGGAUUCUUGCUUCUCUGAGUUUUUUAAGUCGUGAUGCCUUGGCUAUGAUUUCACCUCUAAGAACACACUUGUGUGCUUCCCAUACUAUGGACGGGGAUGCGAGGGGAGUAGUGUUUUCGGCGAAGUAGAGUUGGAUGGAUUUCCGUAGCUCGUCUACGGUAUCUGGAGCGUUGAGUAGCAAGUCAUUGAGUUUCCAUUGGAAUGAUCGUUGUGGGAGUGCUGGGAUUUGUAUGGUAAGAGACAGGGAUACGUGGUCCGACCACGUGAUUGGACCAUAGCUACUGGAGUGUACCAGGUGGAAGUAUCUAUGUGGUAGGAAGAACAUGUCUAAUCUAGAAUAGGUGUGUGUGACCGGAGAGAAAAAAGAGUAGUCCCUGUCUGAGGGGUGGGAUGUACGCCAGCAGUCAUAAAGCUGCGACUUGUCCAUUAAGGUUGCAAAUUGUCUGCGAGCCGAGGUCUGGUACUGGUUGGUUUGUGAUGUUGUGUCUAAGGUCGAAUCGAGGGAGAGAUUGAAAUCUCCGCCCAGGAGGAGUAUGCCUUCUGUGAAUUGUUCUAUGAGUUUGAGGUGUUGGCGUAGUAUUCGGCACUGGUGUUUAUUGGGUAGAUAUGUGUUCGCUAGUGUGACCUUUGUUUGCCCUAUUUGUCCCUUGACCAGGAGCAGUCUCCCAGAGUCAUCUGUCUUGUGAGACGUAUAUACGAAGGGUACUCGGGCUGAUAUUAAAAUUGCUACACCUCGUGCUUUGGCGUCCGCGAAAUUACUGAAGUAUCCAGUUGGAUAUCUACGAUCCCUAAUGGUGGGAGCUUUAUCCUUCUUAAAAUGAGUCUCCUGUAGGAAAGCGAUAUCAGCUUUGAGUUUGUGUAGUUCAGUGAGUGUCAGCGAUCGCUUCUCGGGAGCAUUCAAGCCUCUAACAUUAAGCGUGACGAUCUGUAGGGUAGCCAUGGAGACCCCAGGUAUGGGGUAGGCUAGCACCGGUCUGUCCUGCUGUAGGGGGUGGAAGGCGAAGGUAGGUGGUGGGGUGUAUUGGUGUGUUGGGGGGGUAGUGUGGGUAAACUAUAUAACUAUAUACAAGUAUAUUCAAGAAGCGGUGCUGUCUACAGUUACUGUCUCUAGACAAUAGGGGUGUAGACUGCUGGGGGUAUCCUUGGGCCACUCUCCUGGGAGGGCGUCUUCCCACCCAGGAAGACGAGUUGUCACCCUGGUUGGGUCUUUGACCCAAAAUAGGAGCCUAGGUUUCUGCCUCUAUGGUUGAGCUCGCUGUGAGUCUCUUCCCACGCACUUAAGCGUCGUCUUCUAUUUGCGGUGUAAGUACGGGUUUGUUGGGUAUCCUCGGUCGAGUGUGUAUCCGUGUACGUGAUGUUGUUAAUCAGUAUGGGCAAUGUCAUGUGAUCGGGACAGGAGUUAGCGUGUUUCGCAGCAUGUGUAAGUGUGGUUUGUGGCACACCACGGGGGGUUGUGUACAUUUCCGUAGUUAUUUGUAGUCUGUGGGUGGUCUGAUCGUCUCCUCUCCCAGGCUAAUCUGUGUAUGUCAUCCUGUUUGGGAAGCCGAUGUUGUUGUUUUUUUUUUUUUUUCGUUUAACAAUAGGGGGAGGGCAAGUCUGGUGUCUCAAAGCGUCACGACGUCAGGGGAGGGAGUACAUCACAUAACAGUACAACAUGUGCAUAUAACAUAUAUAAUGCAAUGUAAGCAAAUACAUUCAUAGACUUAUGGUGCCUUUAGGCCUUCUAAUAAAAUCUUAAGUGCAGCAGUGUACUAUGAAAGAUGCUCUUCAAAGUCCCCUGGAGGUCUCCUUAAGGGGGUGGUCAUUUAGGAGGUGCUUUGUCUAGAUAGAUGGUAGCACGGCAGGGUUUAAACCAUACUCUAAUGUUCCACGCUCUAUGUGUACCGUGUGGUUCAUUGCUUCUCUCCCCCGGGGGGUCUGAGGGAGCCCAGAAGCCCGCCAUAUGAUGUUAAGUAGCAGUAUAUCGCUAUUGUGUUUUUUUGUUUUUUUUUCCUUUUAUCUCCCUCUUGGUGUUGUCAGGUGGAGUGUUCUCGAUGGAGCUGGGACUCUGAUGACUGUAAGGGUUGCUCGGGGGGGGGAGGAGGGUCCCCUGUAGGUUGGUGGGCCUCCCCUCCCGAUCCCCCCGUGUCUGAAGUGGUAGGGGGAGCCCUUCCGGUAUAUGGGUUAUGAGAGUGUAGGGGGCGAGUGCUUAAGAAGGCGAGGCCUGGGAUGCCGAGUGUGGUAUGGAUUGCCACUCAUGCGGCAUUGGUGUUGUGUGUUCCCCCCUCCCCACCCGAUCCGACCCCCCGAGAGCGCUUCCCUAUAGGAUUCCCUCGACUAAUGGGCAUGGAAGGGGCAGCGCUCAGGUUCCCUGUGGUUAGAGUUGCCUCACCAUCAAAGAGGGGCUGGUUGUGUAGCAUUAACAGCGCAAUACAAUUGAUGACUAUAAAGAUCUACCUCAGGUUAAUAGUUUUCCCCUUUGGGAGCAUAAAGUGGAUAAAAACAACAUUAUUAAAGUUUGAGUCUUGCAGAACUUAGUCCGUGUCUGAAAGAGUGAGGUCGGUCCAUCACAUAUUAGAGGCAGGGUAGGUGAGGGAUUCAGGGCUUCUGGUGUGGAGCAAUGUUCCGGGUACCCUUACCCCUGCCUUCCCCCCCAGUGGAAAGGAGUAGGGGCUUCAACCUCCAUGACCUUGCGAAGGGCAAUGGAGGCGGGUGGAAGUCUAAGUGGGGGUUGGCUCGGAGGCUCACAGGUAGAGUUGGGUGCGCGUGUGGCCUCGCUGUCAGCUGUGGUUCAUAUACUUCGGUAGAGAUGGUGUCGUGCAGGAAGGUCAUGUGGGGUGCCACUGUUGUGUCGGGUGAGGGUUUCACGGUUAGUGUUGAGAGACGUCUCGUGCUGAUCUCUCUUCGACAGCCGUUGGCGGUUCCGUUCUUCUCUUUCUGGGGGUGGUCUGCCAGCGAGCUCGUUGCGGCAUGGCUUGGGUGGUCUGCUGCGUGAUGGGGCCAUACCAAUCUUGAAUCCUGACAUCCGGUAGGUCGAAGUCCCUCAGGAAAACGGGUACAUCUGCCAGCGUUGUUAUGACUCUCGUGUUGCUCUUAUAUGUAGCCGUAAGGGAGAAUGGAAAGCCCCAUCGGUAUUUUACAUUGCGGGCUCGGAGUUGGUCCGUGAUUGGUUUCAUAGUUCUGCGGGCCUGGAGCGUCAGCCAAGACAGGUCUGGGUAAAUUGCUAUAGGAUGCGAGUGGAAGAGGAGCGGCUGUUGAGAUUGUCUGACUGCCAUAAUGAUAUCAUUCUUGCAUUCGUAGUAGUGUAAUCGGCACACCACAUCCCGGGGUGCGUCCGUGGCGGCACUCCUAGGGUGUAGGGCCCUGUGGGUUCUGUCGAAGAUAAUUUGAGUGUCGAUGGGUCGGCCUAGUACUAGGUUGAAGAGCUCACGGAGCACUGGUUGCAGGUCUUCCCUAUCUUGUUCCGGCAGACCUUUCACUCUCAAAUUAUUCCUCCUCCCUCUGUUAUCCAGGUCGUCCAUAGACCUUUGCAUGUACGAGAUUUGUUCGUUUUGGGCUUUCAUGUUAUCUUGCAGUGAUGUAAUCUGGGCUUGUAAUGUAUCCCCGUCGUCCUCCAGUGCGCUCACCCGUUGUUUAGUGAGUUGGGUGUCGGCACCUAUUUUGCCCAGUUUAGUCUGGAAGGCGGCUUCAAGUUUGCCCAGCAUCUGGGCUAGAUCUCGUCUGGACGGGAGAGCUCUUAUUAACUCCCUGAGGUCCGUGUCGGGGUUUUGGCUCGAGCCCUCUGAUCCCAGAGGGCUCGAUGGUGGGGAACCCGCUGGAGACGAGUCGGGCGCCAUAUUGGGGCCUGUGGGGUCCGGUUGUUGCUCUGCUGCAUCGCGGAAAUAUUUAGUUAGGGCGCUCGAUUUCCCUGCCGGGGUCUUCCCCGAGGGGUGCUGCCCGGUGGUGCAACGUUUAGGGUGUUCCAUGGUUGAACUGGAAGCCCGAUGGUGAUGGAUUACACUUCGACGUGGAGGAGCUCAGCUAGCAGGCGUCCAUGCAGCUCGGCAGUUGGCUCCGCCCCCCAUGUUUUUAUUUUUUGUAUAGUUUUGCAGGUAUUUGUUAAUUGUAAAUUUAUCAUUUGACAAUCCCACUUAGGGCCAAUCCUAGGUGGGUGCAAAGAGGCAGAUCGGCAAGAUGUGCAACACUUGGCUCUGCCCCUUCAUGGUAGGUCCCGCUCCCUCGUGAUUGGCGUCAGGCGGCAGAGCUGGAAGGAAAAGUUUACAAGCUGUUUUCCUUACGGUUCUGCCGCUCAACGCAGAAUCUGAAGGGUUGAGUCUAACAAUAAAGGCCGGUACCUAAUGUGUAGGGGAGGAGCGUAGCACUGCACACCUUUCCAAUUCAUCUCUUUGCACCUAUCCAGGAUUGUCCCUGAUUCUACCAUAUGUGUAUUGUACAGUGCUUAUAAAACACAUGCUGUAGUAGGAUUUACGAAUCAUCUGUAAUUUAUUAUAAGUCAAGUACUACAUAUGUAGUAAAUUAAAAUUGUACUCUUAUGUUAUCCAUUCCUUUUCUGGAAAUUAAUUAAAGGGGCAUUUUAUGCGCUGUAACCUCUACAGAUUAAAGUAAACCUAUAAUUGAAAAAUGUACUUACCUUAAAUCAUUUCCAUAUACAUUGAAUAUACCAUAUAUAACUAAAUCAAAAGAUUUACUUAAUUUUCCUACAUUUCAGCUCCGCUACUAGCUGUUCUCCACCUCUGUUAUUCUUUGAUUUGCCUUGCUUUGGACAGAUGCCCAGGCAGGGCAAAGGACAAAUCUCAUCAGUGACGUCGGCAUGCUGGCUUCAUUGUCAAUGUGCCGGCUUUAGUGUCAUGUCACUCCAUUCAUAUACUCCAUAGCUGGCACUGGCUUGACAGUUUUCAUAGCGCCUGCUGCACAUGUGUCAAGGUUUUUCUCCUAAUCUAUAGAAUUGCUAGCAAAAAUAAAAUCUUAUGCUCAAUCUAAUUACCAUAAAUUGUUUGGGGCUUGACAAGUGCCCUUUAAAGAAGUGGCUGCAGUGCUAGGAGUCUAUGAGGUUGUUUCAAACCAAUUAAACGUAUCUUGACAAAUUCUGGGGAUUGUCUGCCACUCUAUAUCCACCCUCUCUACUUCUGACAUCAUAGUGAGGUAUUUUACAUUCUCAUUUCCAAUAUAAGUCUUUGUACAUUGGACUGUAUGCCGACGUCAUGCAAUGACAGAGUGUGAGUGCUGUAAUGUAGCAGGAUUUGACUGUCGAAUUGCUGCUCUACUUUCUGCACUGUUGAAUUUCCUUGAACUCUUUUAGUUAAUGAUGAUUCAGAGGUUCAUAAAGGGCUACAGCAAUUCAUUGUGUUUAAAUCCUGCUGUAGCACUUUUAUUUACAUAUUAUUAUUGCAUAAUGACAAAUGCCAUACAUACUCUUAUCCAAAUGCAGAAAUGCUUUGUACAAUCUUCUUAAUCACAACAAUCUCAGAAAAAAGGAAACAUAUAUUCAAUGCGUAAAAAGAGAUUCCUGAAAAGGAAACAUCCAUUGUAUUUUUUUUUUUUAAUUUUCAUGUGAAUGUGAUUUCUGAUCUUUGUCUGUAGGUGUUCAGAACAAAUUACUUACAGAAAUUGCAAGAACAUUUCUGAUGUUGAGUGAUGAUAGAUUUUUUUUCAUCAAAGGGGAUUAUAAAUAGUAAAGGAAGCCAUUCUGAACUAAACAAUUAGUUCAUCUGUGCUUAAAGCUUGACCAAAAACACUUCAAAGCUGCCCUGAAAGGUGCAAUUGUUUAUUUCUUCAUCUGUGUGAUAGCUACAGACACAGAUUAAGAACAUGAUGUUCCUUCAUGUGACAUCUGGCAGCCAUUGGCUCAUUAUCAUAUUCAAAAGCACCAGAGGCCAUAUAGUCAUGUUUUACUGAUCAAAAACAAACUAAGGCCACUUAAGAAGGAUAAGAGAAACAAGGUGACUGCAUAUGUUACCUGUUAGAGCCACAUUCAUUAUUUCUGUGUGCUGUCAAAAUCAGAAAGCAAUCAUUUUCUGUUUCAGAGGAGGUCACUAGCGUGUGUAGAGGAAAUCUUUUGAUACCUGUACAUCUGUUGUAUUGUCGAAUUGCAGUUACCUACAAAAACAAAUCCAUUAAAUGACAUAUUUGAAAAAAAAAUUCUAUUGGUUUGAGUAAUCAUCACAAUGUAUAUUCAUUGGGCUUUGACCUUUUUUUUCUUUUCUUUUGUUUGUCAAUCACUUUUUUAUUUAAGGCAAUGUUGAAAAACAUUACAGAUAAUACGGAGUUAUAACAGGCAUAUGGAAGCUUUGCUUGGAUCAAAACAUGAGUAGUGCAAGAUUAAUAGAACAUACAUACUGAUAUAAUCUCCCAACUAAUACUGCCCCUUUUUAUUUUUAAAGAAAUUGGAAGAAAACAGGCUAUCAGAUCUGUAAGUAAGUAGUUAUCAACAAAAAGUAUGCUAAAAGCUUCUACAGAAAAAUCACAGCCAGAAGUUAAAUAAAAACAUGCUAGUAAGUUAGAAGACAGGUUGCAUGUAAAAUAGUUUUACCACUGGGCAUCCCAAGACAGAAAAGUGUUAACUAAGAAAAACAACAGAAAGUAGUACAUCAGUCUCCCAGGGACUGUAGGUAUAUUAUUAUGCACAAUAUGUACUGCGCUUUCGUGUGUAGUCAACCAAUGCCACUGGUAGGCUUUUACAGAGAGGUCAUCUCCAUGUCAGGCCCAUUUUCUUCCGCUUUGGAAAUUUCCAAGAAUGCUGAGUGCAAGUGAGGCCCACUCCGGAAGAACUCCGCUCCUUGCAGCUUCGAGCCAAGGCUUUAACGGGAGCCAGAACCCCUUGUCUGAAGAUUCCCCUUCUCUUUGCGGCAGGAUCACAGCUGGGAACCCCUCUGGAUGUUCGCAUGGUGGGUCGGCGGAAGAUCGAGGAGUCACUGCAACUGCAUGGCCAUUGUACAGCGCUACGGAAUUUGUUGGUACUAUAUAAAUAAUAAUAAUAAUAAUGGUUCCCAGGUGUAGAAGGUAAGGUACGAUGGCGUAUGCGGUGCCAGAAUGCUUGGCAGAUCUUAUCACAUUUUGCUUUAAAGGCCAUCCGCCAUGCCAGGUUUUCCAGGCUUCUAUUGUGCUAUCACAGCUCCUGUGCGACAGCCAUGUUAGGAAUGCCACUUCGCCUUUGGCCCUGUAGGUUGUCGAUUGGGCACUGUAGAGACUCAAAAGUGCCGAGUGUGGGCCGGGUUAUCGACCACCGGUCCACCACCAGUAAAAAGUAGGGGAGUGGGGAAACAGGGCUGCAAGAUCUCCACUGGCAGACUGAAGCCUAUAGCCAACAGAUCAGCCGCCUCUCCCAACUACCAGACCAAAAGCCUCAGUAGGCGUCAAGGUUGAGCACAGCAUGUAUCCGUCCGGGUACCCGAAAUCAGGCUGAAUAUGUGGUAGCUUAAGGUAAGGGUGAUCCCCGGUUAAUGUUGAGCCGUAUCUCAUCAAAUGUACCAUGGUGUUUUCACGAUUUAAGUUCAAAAAAGCUCUACCCAGAGAAGGAUACGUCUGACCAUCUUGGUUGUCAGCUUAGGCUGCUAAUAAAGUGUAACGAAUGUGCUUGAUUCUACUGAGAAAUUUUGGUUGUCAUAUGUUUUUCUAUAACUUUUAAAUGGCUAUCUAAUUACUAAAACAUAACCUCUAAAAUCUCACUCAGGUGGGUAAAUGGUAAUUUGAGCCAUGAUGAUGAAUAUAUGUCUUUAGAGACAUGAUGCAAUUUGUACUUUCGGAGCACUUGAUAUCUUGCAGAGCAGGGGUAUGUACAGACCUGUCAAGUUACAUGAUUGGUAUGUGACAUACAAAUUUCCCUCUGUUCUAUAAAUCAGGAUUCUCCAAACUCUGGUCUUCAGAUGUUGCUGAACUACAACUCCCAUGAUUCUUUGAGUGAAAUAGAUAGCCAGAGAAUCAUGGGAGUUGUAGUUCAACAUAUGGAGGGCCAGAGUUUGGUUGGUUGUAGGAGUAUGUAUGUGCAAUGUUCCUGCUUCAAACACUGCAGAUGCUGAGUUAUUAUUAAUUGUGUGCUGUGGGCAAAUUGCACCCAAAGCACACGUGACUUAGGUAGCCCAGAACUCUAUUUCAGGCUGUAUAAUGCCAAUUAUGUGUAUAUUUUGUCUGUCAUUAGUGCACAUAGCAAGCUGGUGACUGACGUGAUAAUCGUCUCCCUUGCAGGCAGAGUGUCUUCCUCCCUCCCACUGUGUGCACCCUCAUGCCUCCCUCCAUCGCACACAGGUUUUUAUUAAUAGACAUUGCUUUGUUGAUAUUAAAUUCAGACAUUAGGUGGCAGUACACUCCAGAUCUUGACAUACCUCAAUACCAAAAAUAAAAACAUGGGCUGUAUGGUAUGGUACAGUAGUUUAUCAAUACUGGUGAAUUUUAAAGAUAGAUUUGAUUAAAUUGUGAAGUAAAAAAAUAAAUAAAUGAACAAUAAUGUUUCAGUUUAUUUUAUGCCAACUCCAACCUGAUUGGCCUCUGUAAAUGUAUAGGCUUGUGGACAUUUUAAAGUUUAAUUAAAAUUGUGUUCAAGUAUUCACUUAACUGAAAAUCAGGGAGAAUUGACAAAAGGAUUCUGAAUUUCAGGUCAAUAUAGCUGAAUUGGAAAAUAGCUGAGAUGGAAAUUUUUCCAGUUUUGGUUAUUAAUGACCUUUACAGGGUUAUAAAUUGUGAAUUGUCUGGAGGUGAGUGUCUGGUGGUAGUAAUGUUGGUUAAUCUCUCUGAAAUGGAAUACUGGUUAAAGGGUUACUACAACCAUUUGUAAAUAAACUUUUUUUUUUCUUUUUACAUUUACACUGCCCUACUGGAUAUUACUUAUUAACCCCUCUCCCUGUUAUAAACCUGUAAAAUAAGGCUUCAUACACCUGGACUCCAGCCCUAAGUGAAACUUCGCUACCUGAUUCUCAAAUCCCGUCUGGCAUCACUGCUUCCUUCUCUAAGGUCCAACCAAAAGGUUCUCAUAGAAUGCCCAUGCACUCUCUCUGUGCCGGAAGGGUACCAGUGGGGGUGGACAAAAAGGGAAUUAAAAAAACCAAAACAUAAGAAAUAUGAGAAUCGGGGAAUGCUCAAAUGAGAGAAGGAAGGGAGAUUCAAGCAUCAACACUUUACUGAACAUAUUCACUGCAAGGCUAAAUAUUUGUUAUUGUUGUUUUUCAGCUGGUGACAUACUAGCAAGCUAUGAAGAAAAUAAUCGAGACUUCCUGUUUCCUGAGCCCAAGCUGACACCUCCAUACCCAGGAGUGGGCCGAGAGGUGCUAAUGAAAACUGCCCAUGGAUUCCCAGUGAGUUGUUCUUCUCUUACCAAUAUAUAUAUAUACACACACACAUAUAUAAAAUCCUAUUUGGAUUCUGAUUGAUAGAUAUAUAUCAAAAUCCAAAAAGGUUACUAGGUUAUAGUGGGGGGAAAUUGUGAUUGAAAACCCCUUCCACCUGAAGUCUGUGGAUAGUUAAUACAAUGUAAAACAAAAAUCUGCACACCAGUCAAGCCAUAAGACUUGCUUUUCCCACGGAAAUCACAAAUCUGCAGCGAUGUUACUACCGCAAAGGAUUCUGGGCAUAUGCAAAUUAGUUUAACAAAGAAUCGUAUUUGUGCCUCAUUCCAUUUUAAACAUGGAUUAAUUUGAGUCUGUGUUUGCUGUAUACAACAGCUUUGAAACACAACUUAGGAAAAGAUGCAAAGCCAGUAAACCACUCAUGGCCCUCCCUAAUCACGUUUCCAUCUGGAAGAUUAGGCAUUUGCCUAGCAACCAACCCAUUUCAGAGCAUCUCCUGACCUAUGCUUUCCUGAUUUGCCUCUGUUUUCCUUAUAUAUAUAUAUAUAUAUAUAUAUAUAUAUAUAUAUAUAUAUACAAUGCAGCACCUCUUUGUGAUAUAGAGAUAUUCAAUAGUGAAGGUGAAACAGGAGCACUUUAGGCAGGUCCCCAGCUUGGGAUACAGACCUGUACUGCUACGUCAUCCGUCCCUUCUCCACUGGCAGCACCACCAUGAUUCUUCAGGGUAAGGUCUUGCCCUCCACCCAAAGCAGAUAUCACCUCUUCUUCUUGUAGGAGAGAAUCAAUUCCUCAGUGCUCCCAACACAUCUUUACAAAAACACUUUUGACUCACAGGUCCAAGUGAUUAAGCUUUCAACAUACAAGUCCACAGACUCUGUCACCAUGCCCCUCCAAAUAAAAGAGACAAUACUCAGGAGGCUAAGAAUCAGAAUACUUUAUUUACUACAAGGACUAGCCCUAGCAAUACAUCAUUCAGCUUGCGGUGAGCCACACAAACUUAGAUGCAAAAUAUGUAAGAUCUAGCUCAAAACAUUUUCACCUCAAUAGUAAUAGAGAAGGACUGACAAUCUCAAAGGCUUCCUGUUCGAAGGCACCAACAAAGCCCUGUGUGAUAUAAUGCUAGAACUCUUCCUGUUCAUUUAAGCUUAUUGCCUAAUUAAAGCAGCUAUUUUGUAAUGCAUAAAAUUUUGAUGACGUUACGUUUUUGGAGCACUUACGUGCACACCUGUUUGUGAAACUUAAAUACCAUGCACCAAAAAUUAAAAAUAAAGAAUUGAAAAAAACUAAUUCUGAUGACGUUAACAUGGCAAAGUCCCUCAUAGCAUUUAGGGAUGCCAUAGUCUGAUUUUCUAAUUACAUUUCAGGGUUUGACAAAUCAAAAUCUAUGAAAUACACCAUGGUAUGAGAAUAAAUUUCAAAGGCAAAUUCCACCAGAUGCAACCAUACUGUGACUGUGUCUUGAUAAGCUUGCAAAGAUGUUAUAUUUUAUAGGCAGGGAAUUAGAAUAAGUAAUAGCCUGUAAGCAUUGGAGCCAAUUUAUUAGAUAUGCAUUGUUAGCAACAAUGAUUAAAUUAUUAAAGGAACGAUAUAGUCACCUAAACAACUUUAGCUUAAUGAAGCAGUUUUAGUGUAUAGAUCAUGCCUCUCAGAUUUUACUGAUCAAUUCACUGCCAUUUAGGAGUUAAAUCACUUUGUUUCUGUUUAUGCAGACCUUGCCACACCUUCCCUGGCUAUGAUUGACAGAGCCUGCAUGAAAAAAAAAACUGGUUUCACUUUCAAUCAGAUGUAAUUUACCUUCAACAAUUUUAUCUCUUGCUAUGUAAAUUGAACUUUAGUCACAUACAGGAGGCUCUUGCAGGGUCUAGCAAACUAUUACCAUAGCAGGGGAUAAGAUAAUCUAAAUUAAACAGAAUUUGCAAUAAAGAAAGGAUAAACUUUAGAUGACUCUUUACAGGAAGUGUUUAUGGAAGGCUGUGCAAGUCACAUGCAGGGAGGUGUGACUAGGGUUCCUAAACAAAGUGAUUAAACUCCUACUGGCAGAGUAUUGAGCAGUAAGGCUGCAGGGGCAUGUUCUAUACACUAUGCUUCGUUAAGUUAAAGUUGUUUUGGUGACUAUAGUGUCCCUUUAAAUAUAUAUAGCAGAAGCAUAAUCCAUUCUAUUGUGCUAUAAAUAUUUCUCCUUUUCUACCGAGAUAAUAACAAUAAUAAUGACUGAUCAUGAUGGUAUAAGACCAUUGGGCAGUGGACAUUCGUUCUUUGCUACUGUAAUUCAUUCCAUGUGAUAGCAUUGUUACCUCUCUAAUUGUGCUCUUUGAUCUUUUUCUGCCCAUUGCCCAGAUUGUAAGUCCUUGAGUACACAGAUAUGUCACAUUAUUUACUGCAUUCACUUACCCCCUUUGCCAGCUGUGCAUACAGCAUGUAAUCUAAAUCCGUUUUUUGCAAGUUGUCAUGGAGUUCAGAUAUGUCGCAGUUCAAUAUUAUGGUAUGGUGGUUUACAAAAUUAGAUGCUUAAUCAUUUGUAUCUUGGCAUAUCUGAAUUCUAAUAGACAAACUUGAAACUUUCUUGUGAUUUGCCUAUCAUGCUGUGGUUCCCUUACUGCCAAGUUCAGAGCUCAUGUUAAAUUAUACCAAUUCAUUGUGUUAAGAUCCGCUGUUUAACUCAAUAUUUUUGUGUGGUGUACACAGAAUAUAAUAAAGUUUAGAAAAAUAAUUUGUAACAGUUUAAAAAAAAAAUGUAAUUUAAAAAGUUUAAAACCACGUUUAAAUAAUUUAUGUAGUUCUGACAGAAAUAUGGUAUUGAAUAUAGUUUUAAUCUGUCAAGAACAUAUUUUUCACAUGCAUGUGGCCAUUCAAAUAACAGCAUUUUAGAGGCCAUCAUCAGUUUAGGAAUUAAAGGAACACUAUAGGAUCAGGAGCACAAAUGUGUAUUCCUGACCUUAUAGUGUUAUAAAAACUAUGCAGGUGUAGCCUCCUCCCCCCCCCCUAGCUGCUUAAAGGACCACUAUAGUGCCAGGAAAACAUACUCGCUUUCCUGGCACUAUAGUGCAAUGAGGGUGCCCCCACCCUCAGGGACCCCCUCCCGCCUCUGGAAGGGGGAAAGGGGUUAAAACUUACCUUUUUCCAGCGCUGGGCGGGGAGCUCUCCUCCUCCGAUCAUCCUUCUCUCCUCCCCGUCGGCUGAAUGCGCACGCGCGGCAAGAGCUGCGCGCGCAUUCAGCCGGUGGCAUAGGAAAGCAUUAUCAAUGCUUUCCUAUGGACGCUGGCGUGCUCUCACUGUGAAAAUCACAGUGAGAAGCACGCAAGCGCCUCAAGCGGCUGUCAAUGAGACAGCUGCUAGAGGGAAUGGGGGAAGGCUUAACCCAUUCAUAAACAUAUAUAAAAAAAUGGGUUAACCCUAGCUGGACCAGGCACCCAGACCACUUCAUUAAGCUGAAGUGGUCUGGGUGCCUAGAGUGGUCCUUUAAAUAGGGUUAAAUCUUAUCUUAUAUUAUCUUUAUUCCAGCACUGUGUGGGUCUGCUGGUGCCUGCCCUCACCCUGGCCCCACUCCACCACCUUGGCUGAGAUCAGGGGAAUUGACGAUCUUAACCAAUCCAAUGCUUUCCAAUGGAAAGGCAGUAGAUUGGUUGAGAUGGUCAAUGCAGAUGUUCUCAGCCAAGGAGGCAGGGCAGGGGGCGGAAACAAAAGCAGCGCUGGCCAGUCAGCAUCUCCUCACGGAGAUGCAUUGAAUCAUCUUUAUGCAGAGCGUGGAGAUGCUGAAGUCAGUGCUGCACAUUGAGCAACGCUGACACAUGAAGCACCUCAAGUGGCUGUCUGAAUGACUGCCACUGGAGGUGUCCCUAGACAGCAAAGUAAACACUGCAGUGUUUACAGCAAAAGUCUGCAGGGACAUACUAUACACACCAGAACAAUGACAUUAACAACUACUUAUUACUAGAGAGUCUGUUAGUUGGUUUGGAUAACCAACUCUUUUAACAUGUGUUUUGUUUUUGAUAUUUUUUAAAGCGUCUCUGUCACCAAAAAUACACUUUAUCUAAUCUGCUUCUAUAUGGAUCCCAGUGUAUACAUCUGGUUUCUUUUUUUGGUUGUUGUUUUCAAAAUAAAAAGGACAAGUAGGAACUAUUUAUAUAUAUAUAUAUAUCUAUCUAUAUCAAUCAAAUUGACAAAACUUGACAAUGAGUGGAGCUUAAUGCAAGUUUCUAUUUCAGUUCUGAUCAAAUUUACACACAAUCCUCAGUAAAAUCAAUUACACAGAAAGGUAAACAGCAGACAUUCCCAGAUAUUGAUAUAAAGGUCAAUGAAGAAAAUAAAAUAAAUAUAAAUAAAGGCAAGUGGCAAGUAGGGGAGUAUAAUUAUUAACAUACAGGGGGCAUAAAGAAAACCAAAAUAAAAAACAUGACUGGUCCGCUUUACGCAGUGAACAUAUGAUCUUAAAAGCUACACCAGAUUUUCUGAGGUAAGGAGAGAUUUGUCCCCCCCAUUCCACCUGGUUCCUACAUCACGUAGCCAUUUACAAAGAUAUUGUAUAAUAGCAUUAUAAUUGCAGAAAAACAAAGGGAUCUUAUAAUAACCCUCAUAGAAAUCCAAUUAAAUUUGCUCUCAAUGAAGUCAUCACCGUUAAAGGAAAACUAUAGCGUUAGGAAUACAAACCUAUAUUCCUAACACUAUAGUGUCCAAGUUGCUGAUUAGUUUUAGACCUCCCUUGUUUUCACCAAAAACUUACAAAAACAUUUUAUUUACCUUUUCUUCAGCACUGAGACUCCUUUGGAAGACAUACAUUAGAUGUGUAGUUAACUUUGUAAUGUAAACAUUGCAGUUUUACAUUGCAGGGUUAAAAUUACAGGGCAGCUGUACCCAGACCACUUACUUGAGAUGAAGUGGUCUGUGUUACUUUAGUGGUCCUUCAAAUCGGGUUCUUUAGCUAUGCCAUGCUCCCCAAAGACAUCAAUAUAGAGGUUGUGACAUUUAAUCAUUUCAGUACAGAUAGAAUAUCAAGGUGGUAACCCCAGACUGUGUUAUCAUUGGAAUCUGCCACCUUCAUCCAUUGAUUUAGAGUCUGCAAUAAAAUCCCUAUAACAGCACUGGAUCUAGGAUACUCUUGGAUGACUUGGCACCAGCACACCUUCCAACAAUUUGGGAGGGAACAAUCCAUGUGUACAAACAGGAAAAGCCAUACUGGUAAAUAUAUUUAUGUAUGUAUGUGUGUGUGUGUGUGUGUGUGUGUAUAUAUAUAUAUAUAUUCCUUUUGCUUGUUUGGUCUGGCAUGGCUUCUCCUGUUUGUACACAUGGAUCUACGCAACAACCUGGAUGCAAGUAGGCUUUUUUUACAUAGAUACAAUAUGGAUGAAUUUAUUUUCAAAAACAAAGUGGUGUGCAAAUACAAACUUAUGUACUUUUUUUUUAAGCUUGUACAUACAAUCGUUCAAUAUUCAAUAAAAGAUAAUCGAGAAAAACAGAAAUAGAACAGAUAAUGUGCAAUAUGUAGUUUUAAGUAUGUAAUCCAAGUAAAUAUUUAAGAACACUAACUCACACAGAAAAUAAAAACAUUGUGAAUAUAUAGUGAAUAAAUUUAGACUUUUUUUUUUACUGCUCCUCUUCCCCCCCCUCCUCUUGUGAUUACUUCUCACAUGAUCUGUAAAUAAAAUCAACAAUUAGUGACUGACCCUUAUCCAUUAAUCAUUAUUUUUCCCAUCAAUCAUUUCUUUUUUUGAUGCCGCUGGAGGAAUUCAAAAUCAUGAAUCAAAGGGAAAUUGAGCAUUGCGUGUUUCAUUUUUAAGUCAUUUGCCUAUAUUUCAGUAGGCAAAUUCGUCGGGAAUUCAAACAAUCACCUGAAGGGCCCAAAUUAGGAUGCAUUGCAGUUCAUAACAAAAUGAAUCUCCAAAUAUAAUAAUUACUACACACAGUUUACAUGACCAAAAGGUAGACAUUUCUGAUUGCAGGAUCCUACAUGUAACAUUUUGCUUCUUAGUUUAUUUACUAAAGUGUGACUUGUUUGGAAUUCAGUAUUAAAUCAAUUUCACAUUUUUAACCUAUGUAGCUGAACUGAAAACACAUCAUAACCUUUACUUUAAAGCCCAAAGAAUCCUAAUAUCUUUGCAACUUAUGUGUUAUGCCAAGGAAUUUAAAGUAUUUUUAGUGAACCUUAUAUGAAUACAGGUAUUUAUUUCUAACAACGUGUUGGUAACUUAUAUACUGCAUUUUUUUUACCAGGGGAUUGCACCAAAAGUUGAGUUUUCUACUAGAACAACCAUUAAGGAAACAUCACGUGAUUUAAAAAAGAAGUGUCACGUAAGUUUAUUAUUCCGGCUUUGUGAAAUAAGAAUAAUGAACACUAAUAAAAACAUUUUUUCAUUUUUUUUGAUAAGAAAGAUAUAAAAUGUUUUAGUUCUUUAAUUCUGUUAAGCAAGUUAGCCUGUAUUUCAGAGAACAUGGAUAAAUGGGUCAAAGUUUACUCAAUGAUGAGUCCGUGGCGAACCGUUCGCGAACCGUUCGGCGAACCGUUCGGGACAUCACUAAUGGUGGACAGAGUGCCAGGAGGAAGAAAUUAAAUUAAAGCGGAUUGGGUGACAACAUCAAGCAUGCAUUCAUAAUAAACCUGGAAUUCAAACUAUGAUCAGCAGUCAGAAAAUGCACAUAUUUUACAGUACACUAUGCUGUAAGCUGCUUACAGGCACAUUCAGAGAAUAUUUUAUUUAACAUGAAAUUAUAUAAUGUAGUACUCUUUUUUUUUUUCAAAAUACUCUCUUUUAAAGUUGUGCAUAUGUAACCUAUCUGCUAUCAGCAAUAAUAUGCAGCAAAGAUAUAAAUUGGCCUAUAAAUCUAGAUUUGGGCCCCUGUCCAGCCAUCUCCCAGGCAAGAGUGCGUAGAGGCACUCCUCAUGUGUGCUACCAUGAAAGAGUUUGGCCAGUAUGGCUGACAUGCACCUGUUUUGCAUGUCAGCCAUACUGGCUAACAAAUUACACCAUUAAAUAAAACAUUGAAAAUCAAUUAUAACUUGUUUUAACCUUAUUUUAUGUGAUGGUAUGUUUUCUUUUAAAUGUUUCAUUCCACCAGUCCCCCUUGUGUAUUAUUCCCUCAGGACCCAUGUGUCUCAUUUCUUCUCCUCCCUUCCGAAGUGUUUUACCCACCAGUGUUAAUUUUGGCGAAAAUUUCAAUUUAGUCUUUUGACUAAAAAGCCUUUUUACUUUUAGUUGUAUUUAGUCAUAUGAAUUGUUUUAGUUUUAGUCUAGUUUUAGUUGACUAAAAUCCGACUAAAAUUGUUAAUCGACAAAAUUAACACUGGAGUAAUCCCUCCUGGGAUCACUGGGCUCUUUCUGCACAGUUCAUAUGAUGUUCAUCCUAGCUACGGCAUCAUUACUUUACUGGGCACUUAGUGGAGCUGUGGAGAAUUAUCGCAUUGUGAAAUCCGCUACCUCGCUGCCACUUUUUUUUGGUUAGAAACCUACUGUGCAAGUAGGCAGAUGCUUACUCUGCCUAGCAAGCAACACCCUCAAAUGAGCGACGACAGUGGCAGUCUCCUAGGCUGCUUACACUUGCUUGCAUGAUUUUUUUCACAGCCGUUUGUAGGCCUGAAUCUUGCAACAAUCUGGCCUUACAAGGCUAUAGCCUGCUGGCUCCUGCUGUAUGCUUCACCAUGUUGACUGACAAGUGCAAAGGGCAGAUUUUAUAACAAUGAUUAAGAGGGAGCCAAGAUGCAGUCAAUUCCAGGAUGGAUGUCAAACUUAUUCAGCCUCAGCCAGUUUAUCCAAAACAAUAUUAUCGGGACAGUAGGAGUAAAGGAGGUUAAUGGAAUUAACUGCCCAAGUCAGGGGCACCUUCCAUAAAUAUUAGGCCCCAUGGGACAGCUGGCAGGGAGAGGAGUGUGAGGUAACUUGGUGCAAAAAACAGACCUUUCUCAAGUGGCUCGUCUGUCUACUACUAUUACUUGGCUUUUAACUUCCUUCUCUUCUUUCUCUUAUUCUCUUUUGUUUCUCUUUCUCAGUUGUUUUUCACCAUAAAAAGUUAAAAUUGGACAGCAAGCUAAAGAGAAUGAUGUUUCCAUUUGGAAGUACUGAUUGUUUCCUGUCACUUUGUUAAGCCCGCUAUUGGAUGUACUGACUAUACGCUAUUAUACUUCCUGUCUGCCAAUAAAUAAAGAAUUGGGGGGAAAAAAAGGAGAUUAACGGCUGGAUCAGAGGAGGUAGCUGGAAAGGCGUAAUGUGGAAAUGAAAUGUUCAUAUUUGUGUCUUUUCUAGAAUUGUCAUAUAAAUAGACCAUAUAUUUGUCUUGUGCUCCACUUUGCUGUCGCAGGUUGACCAUCCACAAGCCCGAAAAUAUUUAUCAAAAUCACAAGGUAAUUCAUGGUCUCCCGAAAAUAAAAGUGGCUCUACAAAGAGCUCAGAGAAGAACUAUAACAAUGCGACACUACCAUCAAAAUCCCGAUCUCCAUCUCCAUACACUAAAGGGCGAAUGUGCGUGCUUAACAAAGACAACCAAAAGAGACUUGCUCGUUUAAACCUGGGCAAUUCGGAGUCCAAGUCUAAUUCUGAAAAGAGACCUCCUUUUAUUGUUAGACACGUAAGUAUUGAAGCAUAUUUUUUAGCAUUACAACAUUUGUGAAACUUUGGUCUGUGGAAAUGAUCUGCUGUGUUUAUGUGUUUAACCCAAAGGUGGAAAGGUAGCAGCAUUUGAGGUCUUUAUUGUAAUGUGCACUAAAUAGUAUAAAUACCUCCCAACAAUAGAGAUGGGCGAGGCCCAGAGGGGGCGCAGACUGUGAUGUGACCUGUGCCAGCAAAAGGCAGGCCUGCCUGGAAAUCGGGACUCUCGUGCCGAAAACAAGACUUUCGGGAGUCCUGACUAUACUUGACCAAUACAUUGAACUUGAAUAAUUUGAAAUGUUGAUACAAUUAACUUUAGUUUUCUACUUUGCCAAGAAGACACCUGUUUCCUUUUUUUGUUUUUUAAUUGUUGAAUUGUGCAUUGGAUAAUGAACAUGGUUACCUACUUUAAAGAUAUUACAUAACCUACAUUGUGUUUAACGAUAUUGGGUUGAAACAUAUUUAGUAGUGUAGAAAGUAGACUCACUAAACGAUAUUACUUUUUCCCAUUGCAUCGGAGUCCAGAAUCUGUCCUCUUUACCCCAGGUUAUGUUUCUUUUGUGUACUUCUUCGUACACUAAACCCAGCUCACAGUUUUCAAAUACAACUAUUGCUAAAGCACAAAUAAAUCAUACUAACCAGCAUUACUAAGUGAAAUCAAAAGCUGAAAGCUACAGAUUAGAAUAGAUAUAAAGCACAUUUGAUAUGCCAAAACUAUAGGUAAGAAAUAUGCAAAUAAAGCUUUUUAAAACAUACACAGUUCUCACCACAAGAUUUUUCAAAUUUUAAUAUUUGUACAGUAGGUCAAUGGGAGGAACAAAUUAUUAUAAAAUAAUUAUUUAUGCUGUCAUUAAGCUUUAGGCUGGAGAAUGAUCCCAUUUUUAUUAAAAUAAAUAUUCUGCAGUGUGCACUGGAAUAAGGACUAGGAAGGGGCUGAAAACUCCCAGAUAGUGCUGGUCAAGUCGCAAUUUUUUUGAAGGGGCUGCUGUUCAUACAUAGGUUUGUUGUGCAAACACUGUAUAGCAAGACUUCAUAUAUUUAUAGUUUAGCAGUAUAGUUUGGUAGCUGGUAGCUUUACAGCAAGUGGGAGCACUGGUUGCAAGUAUCUUCAUAAAUUCUGUCUUUUAUUAACUUGUAUGACUAGUUUAAUUUAUGUUUUUUUUUAUUUCAUGAGGUUACUAGAAGUAUACAUAUGUUUGGCAGCUGUACGAAUGCUUUCUUUAGGGACAGAUCAGAGCACUCAGCAAAUCUGUCAUGGUCAAGAGGCAGAGGCUAACAUAGUUAUAACUGUUGGCUGACCCGAUGUAAGCUUACUGCAAAGGCUGCUGAAUAUGUUAUUAUAGUUUAAUGUGCUGAUAUGAAUUAGUAUGGAAAUACAGAGUUAUGCAAUGCCUUAGACUUACCUCCAGUCUGGGUGGAGCAACAGCAACCUGGUCACCCUCAUUUAGCGUUAAACUAUUUAAAAACAGAUAAACACUGUACAGUGGCACGGUGUCAAUGGAAACCAGACUUAAUAACCACUUCAACGAGUUGGAGAAGUUAUGAAGCCUAGAGUAUCCCUUUAAAAAUAGAGAUUAACAGUAGCCUUUGCUGCCCCUUUUAAUGCUACUCAUCCACAGCGCUUUCAGUCAACAUAGGUUGAGCAGGAUCACACUCAAUAAUGUGAUAAUUUAUUUUACACAUUAUCAGAACACUUGAAGAGAGGCCAUCUAUAAUUUCAUGGAGAAUCUUUCUUUUUGUUAAACCACUCCAAACCCAGGGGAUGACCCUCAUAUAUUUUUAUAUCACCAUUCUCACAGCAUUCCAAUUUUAUUGAGUAAACGAUUGAGUAAAAGAUUGUUGAUUUGAUUUUUUUGAGUACAGUUAUAUUUGUUACACAAAGAUUUCAUUAUUACUUAAAGGGACACUAUAGAGUCUGGAACACAAACAUGUAUUCCUGACCCUUGAGUGUUAAAACCACCAUAUUGCCCCCCUGAUAUCCCUUACCCCUGUAAAUAUAGCAUAAUAUUACCUUUAUUCCAGUCUGCUGCUGCUGGCUCUGCCUCUGAUCUGCCUGCUUGGCUGACAUCAUCAGAAGUGGUGGUCUGAGCCACUGUCAAGGAGGCAGAUUGGGGCAGAACCAGCACAAGCCAAACACAGCCUUGGCCAAUCAACAUCUCCUCAUAGAGAUGAGGAAAGUUUACACUGUGCAGAAUUGCCCCAGGAAGCACCUCUUGUAGCCACAUGAGGAGUGGCCAAUGGAGGUAUCCCUCGGCUGUAAUGUAAACACUGCCUUUUCUCUGAAAAGACAGUGUUUACUGCAGAAAGCCUGAAUGGAAUGAUUCUACUCACCAGGACAAAUUCAAUAAGCUGUAGUUGUUCUGGUGACUAAAGUGUCCCUUUAAAGAUAGUCCCAGAUAUGUGUAUACAAUGUUAUGGCAUACAUUUGCUAUGAAAGAUUACUGAGCACUAUAAUUGUAUAUAAUGUUGUGAACAAACGUAUAACUCCCACUAUUAAAAAAACAAACAAACAAACCUUGUCUUAUGCAGGUUGAUGGUUCCAAAAGUUUGGAUUGGAUUUCACCGCCGAAAUCAGCCAAGGCCAAAAAGCACUCUAGAUCAUCUGAUAGAUUAAAUCAACAUCAGUUAAGAAGAGGUAAACAUGCUAAAGAUUAAAGGUUCCCUUUUUGAUCUGGCUUUUUUUUACAUCACGUAGGACUUUUCAAAUAAUUGUCUGUUGUGUGACUCUGAGCUAAAUCCAAAGAAAAACUGGACUGUACUUGUAAUGCAGUGUAAUAAAAAUCAGUGUUUAGAUAUAACCCAAAUAAAAACUUGCAUUCAUUUAAUAAUGCUUUUUUCCUUUGGAGGUAUAUCUAAAAACAGCUUGCAACAGCUGCAGUUCUCUUGUCUCCUGCAUUUGCAAAUACUCUCCUAACCCAGGCCAGACUUUCUGUGGCUGUCCAAUCACAGACUUCCCAAUGCAGCACAAUGAGAAGUCUUUGCAAGGCGGGGGCUCUGAGCAAUUGCUGCGUCUUGAGUUUAGCACCACUGAGCUAGCCAAACCAGGAAGUAAUAGGACCUCUUACCUGCUUGAAAGCCAAGUUAGUUUUUAAAAGUGUCAAUUUCUAUUGAAAUCUGCAGCUUUUGCAAAAUGAAAAAAAAUAGGACACACUCUUCACACAUAAAACUUUUAAGCAAGCUAAAGUGCUUUACACAGGGCCGGAUUAACAUAGGGACUGAUGAUUUAAAAAAAUAUAUAUAUAUAUAUAUAUUUUUUUUACUGCUCUUCACAUGCUCUUACUUAAGUAUGGAAACUUAAGAGGGAUGGGGAGGGACAUUGUGUGUGCUUGCUGACAAUUAAAUUAGUUAAGGUAAAGCUGACUUUGUGCACUAUGCAAAUAAUCUUGCUGCUUCGGUCUCUCUAACACAGUGACAUGUUCCCUUUCUUCUACACUUAAUACAUACAACUUUUCUCUGUCCCAAAUUGUAUAACAGGAGCUUCUGCCUGCUAGUAAGAAAGUAGGGAGAGGACUGGACAAGUGAAUGCUGGGUGACAGUCCCUAGAAAAGCGUGGAGCAAGCGCAUCAUUACAAAUUUAUGCCAAACUCAGGCUGCUGUCUACAUAGUUACUUAGUUGGUCAGCCUGCAUGACUGGCUGGCAGCCUGACAUGCAUUCACGCUAGGCUGGCCUUUCAAUUCUUUGGGCAGAUAUGUCAUCUUUCUGGGCAUGUUUACCCCUGUUGGCAGUUCUAGUUACGUGAUUCGCAUCAGUGGCCCACCCUUUUACGCCGCCCACCAACAUCCUGCUUCACCGGAGCUGCCGUUAGGGGUUAUGGAUUUACUUGAAAGAUGAAAGCAAGAGAUUAGCAUAGGGUAUGUGUUUUCUUAUAGCUGCAUCUUGUGUGUUGCCCUCCAGCACCACCUCCACCACAUACAUGACACGUGGAAGGUAUGACUGUUUUAGUAUUUUUUGUCGAUAAGGUUCAGUAAUUAGACUCAUCACAAUUGUCAGCACCAGGCCCAAUGGGCUCUUAAUCUGGCCCUAGCUUUAGAUAUUGCUUUGUUAAACACAAAAUGCAAAAUACAUAAGACUUCAAAGAUAAUGGAACAAUAUUAAUCUAAACAUCAUAAAGGUAUAUGACUAAGUAGAAAUGCAAACAAUUGGCGCUUAUUUAAAAAUAUAUCUGAUGGGGAGCUACCUCUGGAUCUGGCAAGCCGCAGGGUCACGGAGCUCCAUUGGCGAUGCACACAAAAAGCCCAAAUAAGUGCAUAUAAAGAGGUAUAACCUGCCCAGUUUAACUCUGGUGUUCAUCCUCCAGUGAUGGGGCGGAAGACUAAGAAGCCCCAGCUGAAACAGCCCAGAUUCUCCGCCGAUAUCGGAGACUCGCUGCGGAGGCCGCAUGGAGAGGUGGGGCCUGAAAUUGUGGCGGACCUCGUGAAUUUCUCAGUCGCAUCAGAGGAUCACUCCCUCCACAACAUGGAUGAUCUAGGCCAGGCCUGCACAACCUUUGGCCCCCCAGAUGUUUUGAACUACAAUGCCCAAGAUUCUUUGAAUGAAACAGAUAGCCAAGGAAUUAAGGCAGUUUUAGCGCAAAACAUUCGGGGGCGGGGGGGAGGCGAAGGAGUGCAGGCCACCCAAGAACACUCAACCCACCGAGACUGUGCCAUCCUGUAACCACAGACAUACUCACCAGCCUAUUGGCGGACCUCCGUCAAAGUCUUUCAUCUGAAAUAGCACAGGUCAGAGAGGAUGUCAAAGGGUUCACACAGUCGAGCAGACCACUACAGCCCACACAUCACAAGUCAUAGAGCUACAAAAGAAGAUCAGUGACCUCACUUUGACCCAUGCAACCCCCAGCCACCAACCACCUGCACUGGAAGACAAAAGAAUGAGGAAACACCUGAAAAUCAGGGGCCUAGCAGACAGUCACUACUGCAGCACUGCCUCAUUUUCUACUCAGUCUUUUUGUGGCCCACCUGCCUCUUAAACAGGCAAAAGGCAUAAUGUUAGACGGGAUUGUCUGUCUCCUUAAGCCUCCAUCAGCUGCGGCUUCAGCUACUAGUGACCUACUGUUAAAAUUUCAGAAUGGCCAAGACAAGGCCACCAUCUUGAAUGCAACCAGAGGGAAAACGCCAUAGAGGUGCGAAGAAAUGGACCUUGCCUUUUUCUCCGACCUUUCCAUCACGACACUGCAGUGGAGGAAGUCCUCUCAUAUCACUCUUGUCGAAUCAAGGUGUUAAAUACUGCUGGGGAACCCCUCACAUUCUUAUCAUACAGCACCAGAAUGUGGAAUACAAAGUGUCCAGUGUCCGACACCUCACAGAUAGACUCUAUCUUGACUAGGCUUGGUCUGCAUCGCAUUUCCACAUCUACAACUCCAACUUGCUCAACUUGGAAGUGAGACGACCAGUGAGGAAAAUCAGCAAAAUUCAAACUUAAUAUAUAAAAACCUUGUUAUGGAGAAAAAAAGGCCUUAGAGUGGAUGCAUGCCAAUUAUGGGUAAUAACAAUGAGGCUAUGUCUAGCUCAACCUGCAGCCCCCCAGAUGUUGCUGAACUACAACUCCCAUGAUUCUUUCAAUGAAACAGAUAGCCAGGGAAUCAUGGGAGUUGUAGUUAAGCAACAUCUGAGGGGCCGCAGGUUGGACAGCCCUGGUCUAGCUGAAUUCAUUAAAUAUGGUUAAUUGUCUAUAAAUACAGUAAAUCAUUGUGAAUGUAAUUAAUGCAAUGUACCUUUAUGCAUGUAAUUAAUGAAUAAACAGCUGUGUUUAUAUUUUCCCAGCAUUGUCGUUUGACAGUUUUCAGGAUGAAACUGCAGAAAAGGUAAGUUUAUGAAGUAGAGGAAGGUGUUGGUUGUAUGGUUGUAUCCAUCUUGUACCAUAACAUUGAAUUAAAUGUACCAAAUGUUUCCCCAAAGACCUGUUAUUAAAUAAUUCUUAAUCCAUGUUAAAUGUGAUGCCAUUGAAUAUUUUAUCAGGUUUUCUGUACCUAAAAUGAAAUAACUGAUGAAAAGAUUAAUAGACUUCUUAAUUUUAUUUGCUUAAGGUGCCAAAACAUUUACACCUCAAUUUGAUAGGCAGCAUAUUUAGUGGUGUCUGUUCUAUUCAAUUUAACUGGUGUUGCUCCCCUAAUAAGACAUUUAUACCUGGUCUCACUAGGCAUAGCAUGUGUGCCAGUAAAUGUUUUGUUUUGAGCCUGUGAAACUGCAACAGUAUUUAGUAAAUAUCAAAUGGUGUUGCAGUUUCUAAUGUGCACCCUUUAACCCUUUACUAAUUGUACUCAUAGCAAAGUCGCUCCUGUUAGAAAAUAGCAAUUAUGGUGUAACUUUGCUGUAACGCCACAGAAAAGCCAUAAAAGGCUGUUGGGCUCUAGUGAAUCGAAUUGUCAAUGUUUUGUCAAGUGGAAUAGCACUUUUAGUACAAUAAAAUAAAGUUGCAGCAUGUAGUAUACAAAAAGUAUAGAAAAUCAACUCAAGCUAAAUGCUACUUUUUUAUCUUUUCUGUUAAUCAGAAAUAUCUUGAUAAAGAGGAUUUAAGGUCUUCAAAAAAAAAUGUAUCAUUUGAAGAUUCUGGCUCUGCUUUCGAGUUUAAUACACGUUCCCCACAAGAUGAACACACAGAUCAAGUGCUUAGGAGUUCUCUUCGUAAACGGUUAGUAUAUUGACUUUAUAAAAAUACAUUAAAGCAAUGGGUUUCACACUUUUUGUGUUUGCGGCUCCCUUUUGAACCUCACAAAUUCCCCUGUCAUUUGUAUUCCAUGAGUAGGUCCUUUACCCCAAGUCUGCUUAGACCCAUGGCCUCAUACAGUCAGUUCCCUAACCUCUUACAUGCUGUCCCAUACUCUUAACUCCUGGACCUCUUACUGUUGGUUCCUCAGCCUCUUAAAGAUGAUAACAUAUUGCACCCUUGACACUGUUCUCAUUUCUCCAUCCCCUUUCUGCAUUGCUCUCCCACCUAUCUCCUCUGCUGAUUCACCCCUGUUUUCUAGUAAUCUUCCUCCAUGUUUCCAUAUUACAUCUCCAUCCUUUCUACUGCUCUCUCCCUCCUUUACGUUUAAGUGGAUUUCCCCACCUAUUGCUAUUUUUCCAAAUCUACCGUACCAUCAAAUUGCAAGAUUUGCACCCAAAUCUAGGCAAAGCACUGGCAGAUUUUUUAGUGUAUACAGUCAUAUACACUACUACUACUGUGGGCUUCAUUGCUUUUCAUCUCUGUGAGACAAUCAUUAGUGCUGUUUGUUACUGUAAGGUUUUGUAGUAUUAUAUGUCACAUUCUUGAUUUAAACAGAUGUCUCGUAAAACAAAUAAUAACUGCUCAUGCUAUAGUACUACGUAUGCUGUUCCUUCCGAAGUCAUAUGAUUUGUGGAAUAUUAGUAUUAUAUAACAUGUUGUUGACCGCUGUCCUUAGAGAGCCCGCUAGAUAUGCCGCUAAGUGAGAGCAGGAACUAGGGGUAUCACUCUUAGACCAACAGAGGAAAAAAAAUAAAUAUACUCUCAUAUUGUAGCACUAGGAUCUGUACUACAAUAUAUAUGCCACUUUUACAAACAUAUAUGUAGGCACAUUCUCAUAUACAUAAGUUAUUAAAAUACACAUGUAACGGAUCGAUGGGCACCCCGACUGGGUACCUCCAUUGAAGAAUGCUCCUCGCACUUCCUGAGGGCUCCAAGCACUCCAGCUGACACCAUAACCACCGUGGACUCCUCCAGAGAGCAGGACAGGAACAAGUUCUUACAAGAGCUUAGUAGUGAUUUAGCAACGGAGUAUGACAAGCAUACUCCCUUGUAGCAGAUUCCCCCAAUAAGAGACGGCACUCCAAAUUGAGGGUGAAGUAGAACUGAUUUACUGGGGCUACCUGUCUGGCUUUUAUGCAGGUCUCCCACCUGGUGGACACUCCCCUAGGGGACCAGAUGGAAGACUGGGAAACAUAUUGGACAUUGACCAAUCACAAGCUUACAAUCCCACAAUGCAUCACAAUCCCUCCUCUCUGUCCGGGAGAUAAUUGGGAAGUAAUCCAAUUAUCUCCAAGGACAGAGGCAAAACUCCAUUAACGACAUGGGAGACAAAGGACAAUAACAGAAAUAAAAAUACAUACUGUUACAUUUAUCACAUAGAACAUACACAUUCUACCUAUCCCCAGAUAGCUUAGAUCUGAGCGCCCAUUACUACCUGAUGGCGCUCAGAUCACAUACAUACAGUUCAAUCGCCAUGGAGCCAAAGUCUUUCAUACAGUCUUUCAGUAUACGGCUGGGCUCCAUGGCAUAGCUAUCUGGGGUAACACUGCUCACAUAGGGAAAAUAAAAGGUUUUUUUAAUGCAGGGCCAUAGUCCAGCGACAAAAGGUGGGCAACCAGGCUCCUCCAGUGGCCAGUGGCGAGGUUGGUUCCACCACAUUUCCCCCCUUUACCAAUCAGACUAACAGGGUAUCUGACCUCCUGUCGGUCAGUGCCCUGGUUAGUCCAGCAACCCACCCAAAGAACACAAUUAGCAGUACAGCCCACCCACAAUAAAGGGUUACUACACCUGGGGAAAUGAGUAGCUUGCCUUUGUCCAGGUGCUUCACCACUGCUGUGUGGGGUGCUGCUAUUCCGGGUCGGUGAGUUGCUGAGUGGGCAGCGGUACACUGCCCUGGUGCCAGCACUAUAACGGGAGUAGCCUGGUUGGAGCCCCGCUGAGGAGAAGGGGUAGUAGGCUGCCCUCUCUGGAUCUGGUGCUGCUGCUGUAGGGGGGAGACCGACUGUCUCCCCUUUGGGCAACCAGCCCUGCUGCUGGAGGACAGGACCGACCGUCCCUACCCCCUGUGGUUUGGGCACAGAGACUACUGUCCCAUCUACACCGGUGUGGGGCUUAUCAUCUCCCCUUGGUGGGCUAGGCUGCUGCUGGGGAGAGGGGGUAACAAGCACCUCUCCCAUACAUACUUUCAGCCGCUGAGGAGAGGGGGUAACAAGCUCCUCUCCCUGACACUCUUUCUGCUGGUGGAGAGGGGAAACGACUGUCUCCCCUUUCGAUAUAUUGUCCCGCUGCUGGGGAGCGAGACCGACUGUCUCUGCUCCCGGCAGGACACACUGCCGCUGGGGAGGAAGGACGACACCUUCGGCUCCCUGUAACACACACUGCCGCUGGGGAGGAAGGAUGGCACCUUCGGCUCCCUGGGACUCACUUGACUGCUGGGGAGAGGGACCAACUGUCUCCUCUGCUAAGGACACACACUGCCGCUGGGGAGGAAGGACGGCACCUUCGGCUUCCUGUAACACACACUGCCGCUGGGGAGGAAGGACGACACCUUCAGCUCCCUGUAACACACACUGCCGCUGGGGACGAAGGACGGCACCUUCAUGUCCCUGUAACUCACUCGGCCGAUGGGUUCUCUCCCCCCUGGCCAACUCUGCUAGGAAUUGCAGAUACUCUCCUAUUAUUUUCUUGAUGUGCUGCAAGGAUCUCUCCGAGGGGUUGAGUCCAUAGACCACCAGCACCGCAUUAACCUCUCUGUCAAACUGCUCCUGAGUGUAGCCGGGCGCCAUGCUUGCUCUGCCGAAGUUGGUUCCUUUGUAGAUAGGGGUGCUGUACGGAUACUAGCGUUGCCCUCAAUUUGUAAUCCAGGAACUGGUGUUUUCUUGUAGCUGUCCUUCUGGGCUGUGGGAAUGAUCCCACUGCUGCCACCAAUGUAACGGAUCGACGGGCACACCGACUGGGUACCUCCUUUGAAGGAUGCUCCUAGCGCUUCCUGAGGGCUCCAAGCACUCCAGCCGACACCAUAACCACCGUGGACUCCUUCAGAGAGCAGGACAGGAACAAACUCUUACAAGAGCUUAGUAGUGAUUUAGCAAGGGAGUAUGACAAGCAUAGCAAUCCCUUGUAGCAGAAUCCCCCAAUAAGAGACGGCACUCCAAAUUGAGGGUGAAGUAGAACUGAUUUACUUGGGCUACCUGCCCGGCUUUUAUGCAGGUCUCCCACCUGGUGGACACUCCCCUAGGGGACCAGAUGGAAGACUGGGAAACAUAUUGGACAUUGACCAAUCACAAGCUUACAAUCCCACAAUGCAUCACAAUCCCUCCUCUCUGUCCUGGAGAUAAUUGGGAAGUAAUCCAAUUAUCUCCAAGGACAGAGGCAAAACUCCAUUAGCCACAUGGCAGACAAAGGACAAUAAAAGACAUAAAAUUACAUACUGUUACAUUUAUCACAUAGAACAUACACAUUCUACAUAUACCCAUUUAGCUUAGAUCUGAGCGCACAUUAUUACCGGAUGGCGCUCAGAUCACAUACAUACAGUUCAAUUGUCUUUCGGUAUACAUGGGCUCCAUGGCUUAGCUAUCUGGGGUAACACUGCUCACAUAGGGAAAAUAAAAGGUUUUUAAUGCAGGGCCAUAGUCCAGCGGCAAGAGGUGGGCAACCAGGCUCCUCCAGUGGCCAGUGGCGAGGUUGGUUCCACCACAACACACAUACCACAAAAGAGAGAAUCAUACACUCUCUCCCCCUCCCUCCACUCUGCCAGUCUCUAUCAAUGCUUUUACUGACAGAAUUUUGUUAAUCCAUCUGAAUGCUUAUGUCUACUCAUCUAAUUGCCCUGGUGGCUAAGAGUGAACAAACUAUCUAUACAUUCAUGGCUCUCUUUGUUCUCCUAAGUGGCAUCCUAAUAUGCAGCACUGACAGUGAGUUAUAUCAUACCACUUCAUGGCCCUGUCAGUCAUAAGAACAUAUACAUGUGUAUUGACACUCUCCCAUUCCCGAUGGUGCUGGUAUCAAGGUGGCCCUCAAAACAACCUCUAAUAAAUACAAAAAUUAUAAAAAUGAUACCGCACUCAAAAUUAGAUGCAAAAAAAAUCACAAGUAUUUAAUUAACAAAUUUGCACAUUCAGUAUAAUUGCUAUAAUAGUAAAUGCUUUGCAAUCUUUUACUCUGUAAUUAACGCUACAGCACAUGUACUCACAUCCCUAAGGCAAUAUUUAAUAUACCAGAGAGUAUAUAAAUGCUCAUAUUAACAUAUAUUAACACAUAGAACAUAGAUAAAAUCCUUAAUGUGCAUGCUUUCUAUGCCACAAAGUCCUACAGUGUAUAUUGCUGUUUUAAAUAUAAAUGUAGUCAUGUUUGUGUUUUGCUUUUUCUAUGUGCGCACAUGAUUGCAUGUGUGGUUGAAGGAGGGGUUGCAUCAAUCCGGUUGGGAUUAGAACAGCCGAAAACUGUUCAGGGUGGAAACUGAAACACAUCACUGUGUAAAUAUAGCCAUAGACCUAGCAAAAGCUUGAAAACUAAUAAUUUUCUUCUAUAUUUAAGGUUUCAACGUGAGGAAAGCACUUGGGAGAUUAUACAUAACCGAGUGCGCAGUCUCUUAUCCACGCACAGUGCAAAACAAAGACUGUCUUAUGUGAGUAUGAAAUGUUCUUACUACUUUACUGUAACAUCAAUAUUACCUAAGUACAUAGGCUGAAAAAAGACAUGCAUCCAUUAAGUUUAGACUUUUUCACAUCUGUUUAUGCUGUUGAUCCAAAAGACGACAAAAAUGCCAGUGUGAAGCAUUUCAAAUUUUGCAACAAACUAGGAAACAUUUAUUCUUGACUCCACAGUGGCAGUGAGAUCUCACCUUGGAUAAAGUUGUUACCCCACCUAUUAAAAAUUAUAUCCCUGGAUAUUCAGUUUUUUCACAUAUUCACCCAGUUGCUGUUGAAAUAUCUGUAUAGACUCUGAUAAAACCAUCUCUUCAGGCAGAGAAUUCCACAUCCUUAUUGUUUUUACUGUAAAAAAGUUUCCUUUGCCUUAGACCCAAUCUCCUUUCAAUCUAAAUGCGCGCCCUUGUGUAUAGUCCUGUCUAUGAAUAGAUUUCCAGACAAUGCUUUGUAUUGGCCUUGAAUAUAUUUGAAUAAUGCUAUAAUAUCCCAUCUGAGGUGCUGUUUUUCUAAACUAAAGAGAUUUAAAGUUGUUAACUUUUUUCAUAACUAAAAUGUUCUAUUCCUUUUAUUAAUUUAGAAGUCUGCCUCUACACAUAACGCCAUAAUAUCCCUAUUUAGAACAGGUGCCCAAAAUUGCACAGCUUAUUCAAGGUGUGUUCUUACCAUUGAUUUAUAAAGAAGCAACAUUAUAUUCUAAUCCUGAGAAUUAAUGCCCCUUAAAUGACUGUUGACUGACAUUGCAUAUUGUUAGUAUGUUGUCUAUAACAAUUACCAAAUCCUUCUCAUCUGUUAUUAUCCCCAAAUUCACUGCCAUUUAGAGUGUAAGCUGCUUGUGCAUUCUUUACCCCGAAGUGCAUACCUUUGCUUUUAUCUACAGAAAAUGUUAUCUGCUAUUUGAGUCCCCUAAUCUAUCUAAAACCCUCUGCAGCAAAGUAAUAUGCACCUAUUCUAUGCAUUAGCAUUCAGUAUGCAUGUUAUAGCAUGGUCGACCUGCUAGAAAAUAUAUAUCAAUUGAUAUCUCAUACUAUUUUAGACUUGCAAAGGUUAAUCUAGAUACUUAUGCAGAGAGAUGCUCCCAGUAUAGGUACAUAAGCUAUUGUUUGCUAUAAAUGUUUGCUUAACCUGCAACUCUGAUGUUAGUUGGACUCUAUUACUAUAUGUAGUUAAGAAAUUGCUUGUAUAUUGUAGUUGACCUAAACUAGUAAGGUUUUCACCAGUAUCCAAACAAUGAUCUUGGCGGACCAGAAAGGGUUAAGUGUUUAUACAGAGGAAUGUUAUCAGGAAUUGCGUAUAGUACAACUGUUGUGGUAGUUGAUUUAGAUUGGUUUUGUGAAGUUAGGGGCGGGAUCUCGCUCCGUUUAAAUAAGGGAUGGCUAGGAAGGACAUGGUUGGUUAGUCCUUGAUGAAGGUGCCGGAAGGACACUGAAACGCGCGUCAGACCCGUUGUGAUUUUUCUGUUUUUGUUUUUAUGGGACACUUUUCUUACUAGGGUGUCUUUAGCUGUGGGUGUAUGUAGGCUGCGCCUGAGUGUUUUUUUUAAUGAUUUAAAAUGGAUGAAAGAAUGCGUGCUUAUAGCUAUUUAACCUAAAAUCGAUUGGGCUUUGCUUUCACCAGUAUAAGAUUAGAGUGUAUCCCCUGAUCUAGUGCCAGCAUUACUCUUAAUUGUUCUAUAAGCACCUAUUCAUUUUACAAACCACAAAUCUACUAUGUGAUACAGAAUAUUUUUAGUUAUAUUAUUUUUGCUUCAGUUUCAGGAGUUUAUCAUUAUAUCUCUAAAGACUACAGGUAGUUUUCCGUUUUCUUUAUUUUUUUUCUUAGCAAUUCCAAUAAAGCAUUUAUUUUUAAUACAUUAUAUUGUAAGCAAUUCCUACUAUCUGUGGUGCUCCUUCCAAUUUGAAGGGGGAACACUUAUUUGUAUCUUCAGUGAAUUAAUGCAUUUAGGUUUACUUCCUUUUUAUAGGUUUUGUUUGAUGGUCUCUUGAGUUCAAUCUUGUUGUGGAUCUUUUCUGGUAUCUUUGUCAAUAAACAUUAUGAAAAGCAUUAGAGUUGCUGUUCCUGCAGUGGCCUUAUCACAAUAUACCUCCAUUGAUGACCCCAGUCACCCAGCAUUAUGACAUUUUACAUCAGCAUUAAUCUUUGUCUCUUUUUUAAAUUUUCAGAUCAUGAGUGGAAGUACAGUAUACACAAUCUAAGAUUUAUGAAUCCUCUAUUUCAGGGGUAGGCAACCUACGGCACGUGUGCCAUGCACGGCACUCGAGGUGUCUUUGCAUGGCACUCAAGGCUGCAAGAGACAAACAGGCACUUGCCUAUCAAGAGUCCCCGGGUAAACUUCAAAUAUCUGCUAAUACGAAAAGGUCUCAGAUCACUUCCUCCCAGCACUUGUGAAUGGAAAUCCACACUGAAGUAGAGAAGCCCACAGCAGCUAUCGCAACUCCUGUCCUUGACCUGUACCUGGCCAGCCUGGUCCCCACUUGAACCCAGGGUAUCCACCCACACUGCUAGAUAUACACAGAAAUGCAGAAUAACACUCCCCUCAUACAAACAAUAUGAACAGCUCAUACAAAAACAUGCACACAUGCAGCCUCUCACAUGUAAUACCCCAAACUGCCCCACACAUACACACCCCACCAAACACAAUGUAACAUGUCCAUCCACACACACAGUUUUCACAAGCAGCCCCCAUAAACAGCGCACAUUCAUAGGUAUCAUACCGGAUACCACAAACUACUCAUAAACAUAUACAAUACAAUAGCUCACAUACACACAAAUACAAAGAUGCAAAGCAACUAAAGCAAAACAACUAAAUAAAUAACACAAGUAGAAUAGGGCAACAUCGCACCUCAAUUUAAAAAAAUAGGACCAGCCCACUACGGGAUAUCACAAUCCUAUUUUGGCACAGUGCUGCUAAAAGGUUGAGUACCCCUGCUCUAUUUUAUAAUUUGAAACAAAUUGCAAAUAAUAUACUAUUAUAAUCUAGCAUGUGUAAAUAAAUACAUUGAAACAUGUCUAAGGUCUAUGUAACCAACAGGAUGUCCCUACAAUUAGUGGUCUUGUUCACUAUGGUCAAAACCCACCAAGUGCUGUGAGAAAUACUGACAGCUUAUUAUAUUGGAUUUACUUAAAGGACCACUAUAGUGCCAGGAAAACAAACUCAUUUUCCUGGCACUAUAGUGUUAAUAGGUCCCCCCCCCACCCUCAGGGUCCCACUCCCACCGGGGUUAAACACUUACCUUUCUCCAGCGCCGGGCUCCCUCAUCGCUGGGGACUCUCCUCCUUCUUCCGACGUCUCUGAAACUGCUAUGUUUACAGCAGGCAGGGUGAACCCUAGAUGGACCUGGCACUUUAUGGAGCUGAAGUGAUCUGGGUGCGUAUAGUGGUCCUUUAACAUGCACUAAAUAAAUAAUUCUAAACACGUCAUAAGCACUUCUCUGGUUUGUAAGUAUUGGAAAGCUAUGCCAUCUCUUGUAUUUCCUGAGGGGCUACCUUAUUAAGGCCUCAAUUGCUUGAUAAGCUUUCCAUAUGAUUUCAUAUUUUUGGAUACUUUUUAAAAAAUGAUCUAAUAAUAUGAAAAAUAUUUAAAUUUUUAAUUGAAUAUAUUUAAUAUAGUGAUAUAUUUUUUUCUAUAUAUAUAUAUAUUUUUUUAAUAUGUUGCAAAAAUCAUUUAAAAAGUUUAUCCCAAAAAAUAUUAAACCAUUUUGAAAGCUUAUACAACAAUAUUAAAUCAUGGCCUAAAAUAGGUGAUACAUUUAAUAAAAUUAUCUCUUUGUACAAAGACUCAUGUCAAUUCCCUUAUUUGGCAGUUAUGCUAAACUUUGGUCUGAUGUGUUUGGUAAAGAAAUCCAUAUCCAUAAGUAGUUUAAAAGAUCUUUAAUUCCAGGUAAGGUGCGAGGAGCAGCUUGUAUGCAUGCAAAAAAGGAUAUGAUUUUCCUGUAUCUUUUUUAUUACUAUAUUUUUCUUUUAUGUACAAAAUUUAUAAUUUAUUAACAUAUACACUUAUUGGUUCCCCAAAUACUUAAAGGUAUACCCUGGGCACCAAAACUAAUUUAUAUUAAUGAAGCAGUUUUGGUGUAUAGAUCAGGCCUCUGCAGACUAACUACUCGAUUCUCUGCCAUUUAGGAGUCAGAUCACAUUUUUUUCUGUUUAUGCAGCCCUAGACACACCUCCCUGACUGUGGCAUACACUACCUGUCUGAAGGGUUCCACCUUCAAAGCUGCACCAUAGGCGACUGCCCAAGUCGCCUAUAGGAAGCGCCGGCCCUGUUCCCCAGUUGCCUGAGCGACAGCUAGUGAGAUGUUUCUCUCUCCAGCUAUAAAAGUGAAUUUUUUUUGUUGAAAUCUGCACUUUUGUAACUGUUGAAAAAUAUGACAGAUUCCUUAUACAUGUAGAACCUAAGCAAACUGAAGUGCUUGAUGUGUCUUCAGUAUUCCUUAACACAUUAAUCAAUAAGGGAAGUUAACUUUUAGCCUCUUUUUUCAGUAAGAGAGGCUGUGUCUCGGGCAGAGGAGGUGUGGCUAGGGCUGCAUAAACAAACGUAUUUAAAGAGACAAUGUAUACACUAUAACAGGGGUAGGCACUAUUUUAUCAGCACUGUGCCGAAAUAGGAUUGUGAUGUCCCGUAUUCUGUUUGUGUUAUUUAUGCUGCAGUUGCUUGGUAUCAUUGGAUUUGUGCGUAUAUGAGCCAUUAUAAUGUAUGUGUUCAUGAGUAGUUUGUGGUAUCGUUUAUGAUACAAAUGAAUGUGGGCUGUGUAUAGGGGCUGCUUGUGAAAUUGUGUGUGUGGAUGGAUAUGUUACAUUGUGUGUUUGGUGGGGUGUGUAUGUGUGGGGCUGUUUGGGAUGGAUAUUGCAUGUGAGAGGCUGCAUGUGGAUUGUUAGUGGUGUUGCGUUUUUGCGGAUCGUGUGCAUGUUUGUGUAUGGGCUGUUCAUAUUAUUUGUAUGAGGGGAGGGUAUUCUGCAUAUCUGUGUAUAUCUAGCAGUGUGGGUUCCAGUGGGGACCAGGCUGGCCAGGUACAGGUCAAGGAGAGGAGAUGCAACAGCAGCUGCGGGCUUCUCUACUCAAGUGCAGAUUCUCAUUUACAAGUGCUGGAAUGAAGUGAUCUGAGAUCACUUCCUCUGUGUGCUGCAAUGCAUAAAUUGAGGAUUGUCCUUCACCAUUUUUUCAUAUUAGCAGACAUCUGAAGUUUCGCUGUGACAGCUGAUAGGCCAGAGCCUAUUUGGCUCUGGCAGCCUUGAGUGCCAUGCAAAGACACCUUGAGUGCCGUGCAUGGCACACGUGCCAUAGGUUGCCUACCCCUGCACUAUAACCACUUUAUCUUUAAUGAGUUAUAUAAAAGGUUAACUCCACCAUUUUUCUUCUUAGGACAUUUCUAAGCCUGAAGUAGACCAGAUCCUUGACAGGUCUGUUUUUUCAAAGAGCUUACCAAAUAACUGUUUUCUUCAGAAAAGAUUUUGAAACUGUAAGUAGAUCACAAUAAACACAUUUCCAAAGCAUUGUUUAUUAAGGAAUGCAUAUAUAUGUACAAAGCAAAUAUAGUAACCCAACAAAACAUUUGGUAUUGGGUCUCUAGAAUACAGUAGCAUUUCUUUUCAAUCAUCAUAUGCAAUAAUAUUCUCUUUCAUUUGAACUCAUUUGUUUUUGCAGAGAAAGCUCCUCUCUGACACAUAAUGUUUAAACUGUUACAUGCUGAGAUCUAUAAAACCCCUGCAAUAAGAGAGUAGACUUGCUAUAUCAUUGUCCUUAAUCUCCUCUCCACUCACUUAUACUUAUUUUAAAUAUUUUAUGUGAGGGUGCCCCAGAGCCCCUAGUCAACAGAAGGGAUGGGUUAGGAAGACAUUUAGGACCACAGAAUUGGUAUAUCCUUAGUAUAGGGCCAGGGAAUGAGGCAACCUCAGAUUUAAUUAGAUUUAGGGCCAGGGGGCUGACCAUUCUCUGACUAUAUUGUUAGUACGACAGAAUACUGGGCAUCUUUUGGUACAUAUAAUUAUGAAUAGGGCUAGGAGAUUGGACAUGCUAUGUCCCCUGUUUUUAUAAUUAUACUCCCCACAAAGAGUGGAUGAAUGGUUAGGGGCACAAAUGACCUCACCUUGUAUGUCUGUGCUUCAUUUUUCCCUCCUGUGCACUAGAUAGAAGAUAAGGGGAGGCCAUAACUGUGGUUAAUACUAGGAACUCUCUGCCAAGGCACUGAAACAACUUAAUUUUCAUGACACCACUAUCCUAGUAAAACCAUAGGUUUCACCAGAUGUCACAUUUACACCAAAAACAUGCUUUAUUACAGCCAUUAAACCAUAACUACAUUCAGUAAGUAGCAAAUGGCAUUGCGGUUUAUAUAGUUUCCUAUGGAUUGAUUUUGUGCUCGGCAGAAACUUUUACUACUUUAUAUCAUGCCAAAGUUAUGCCAAUUAUUAUGUAACAUAUUUUGAUUUAACUUUGCUAAAACGCCAAAUUUGAUGUUACGCUGUAGAAAAUGAGUUGGUAGAUAUACGAUUUUUUCUGUUUUGACCAGUGUCGGAAUUGUGAUUUAUGUUUCAUAUACUGAAUUUUAUUAACUUUUUUCAUUUUAUCUGUUUGUUUCCUUCUGUUUUAAAAGCAUUUAAUGUGUUGUUUGAUUUUUAAUUUUAUGUUGACAGGUGAAGUUCCCAGGGUGUUAUGAAGAGGCAACAUUAAAAACAAGUUGUGAUUCUUCAAGCACAGAGUAAAUGUGGAAUAUCAAUUUCUAUGAGUGCAAGUAAAAUGUAUUUAUUAUACCGAGUGUGAAGUGUGUACUGGUUUUAAUUUGCUUGUUUUUAUACAUCACAAUUAUUUUUCUGGAAAUUAAAUACAAAACAAAACAUACUUGCUUGGGAUAUUCUUUAAAUCGGAUGUCAGUAAAUAAUAAUUUCCGUAGUGGCGCUCUGCCAUGGGCUCAUCAGCAUUGUUCCUGGCUCUAAUAUCUGUUGAUCUUGCCUAUCUCUGACUAUUCAGUCACAUUAAACACUGCCACUUUAAGUAACAGUAAUAUGGUAUUAUUUAUUUUUUUCAAUUUGUAUUUUAUUGGAAUUUAUGCUUCCAAAAUACGAGAUCAGUGUAUGAGAAUAUAGUAAAAGGUGUUACAGUAUUACAGCAAAUGUGGGGUAUAAAGCGACAAGCACAGAAUAGGUCUCAAUUAGUGAUAUGAUAAUAUUGUCUCAUAACGAGUAUGAUAGAAAAUCUACUGUAGGUAGAUUGCCUAUAUGCGCCUAAUCUGUUAUGGCUAGGGUAUAAUAAGAGAGAGGAAAAGAGAUGUGGGAAAACUCUCUCCCUAUGAGUUCUUCUAUCUAGGCAAUAUAGAUUACUCAAGCUAAAUACACAACCAUGCAGGUGAUUAAAAACCGAUAAACAAAGGAAACAAAAAGAUGUGGAACCGCUCAUAGUUUGUACUCUGACAUGAUCUGAUAAUAUGCAAUGGGGUGGAAAGAGCCUCCUCCGUUUGUGCAGUGGGUAUAUGCAGUUUCUUUAUAAAUGCAUCAGGGUCCCCAGUGGAGGAUAAGGCGAGUGUUGUAUCACACCGUAUUCUGAGGGAGCCAUCAACUCCCUGGCGGUACUUGAUUGCGGCCUCUUAGCCGUCUGCCUAUUGGAACCAGUUGUCUUCUCUUCAGCAAUAUAGCAAACGGGAGGUCACCAUAGAUUGCUAUCGUGUACCCCUCUCUGGAGCAGAGAGUAGCAAUGCUUGGAUGGAGUCCUCCUUAAGAUCCAUGGAAGUAAGCAUUCUCUGGAUAAAAGUCAACAAGGCAUCACCUCCAACCUUCUCUGGAAUACCUCUGAGGAGGAUAUUGCUCUGACUAUGCUUGGAUUCAACAGAUGUGACCAUUUGGGUGAGAGUUUGGACCUACUGAGACCGGGCAACCACCUGGAUUUAUGCUUUCUGCAGCCUGCUUUUUCUGGCACCUUCGAACUGUGUCGAUCCUCUGACAGAGCUCCGUUUGUGUUUCCUUAAGGUUUGCUUACCAAACCUUCCAUAGGUCCAGUAAGAGGUUUUUAAUGUCCCCUUUAGUGGCCAGAGAGGAGCUCUCAUCAGAGUCGGACUCCUGAUAAACUUCACUUGUUUGAGGCGAGGUAAGUGCCUUGCUCUAUGACAUUACAACAGGGACAGCAUGGACCUCUCCCAACCAAUGGCUGUUUGUGGCGCCAGAAUAAGCAUGGACCAAUUUGAUGAGGCUUUAGAAACAAUACUGACUUAUACUGCACAUGCACAUCUACAGUCUGAACCAAGCAGCUGCUGUGAUCUAUCCUACCACUUCCUCUGCUUCUUUGUCUUGUCCUCCUACCCCUGCACCAUAUAUGACUCCUCCACAAAGGUACUCUGGGAAUCCCAUACAUUGUUGUGGUUUUCUUAAAAUCAGUAUCCAUUUCAAAUUGAACCCAUUUCCUAUCCUACAGAAGAUUGUAUUUCUGAUUAACCACCAUCCUGAUAAGGCACUUGACUGGUUAAUCCUUUGUCUGUCUUUUUUUCUCUCUUUUAUACUUUUCUUCAUUAUGAGUUAAAGAGUUAAAUAGGAAUUUCUGCAGAUAUAUUUUUCUCUCUUCCACCGUUUUCUCUCUUUCCUUCCUUUUAGAUUGACGCAAUAGUUUUUGUAGUGUGUCAGCUGUACAUUUUACUUCUCCCUAUUAAGUUCAAACUAGUUGAAUAAUCACCAUAAGAAAAUUUACAUAGACGAAUAAAAAUAAAUAAGGUUGGUAUAUUUACAGAGUGUACCAUGCUCCAAUUGCUCCACUAGUUUCCACAUGGGCUUUGGAUAUUGCAUGCACCCUGUCUCCUUAGUCCAUCAGGUAUCUUCUCAUCCCCACCGCCUGGUUUAAAUUGAACCCCCUAUCCUAUCCUAUCCUAUCCUACAGAAGAUUGGAUUUCUGAUUAACCACCAUCCUGAUAAGGCACUCGACUGAGUUAAUCCUUUGUGGGUAUCCGAUAUACCCAUAGUGCAUUAUUAUCUUCAUUUCUCAACAGCCUUUAAGAUAACUUUUUUUUUUCUUUUUUUAAAUGCAUUUUUUAUUGAAAGCGUCAGACAAAAAUAAUGCAAAACAUACUCUCGGUAUCAAUGUGUAGUUUCAUCUACAAUUGAAUAGGCAUUCGGAAAUAGGAAAGUACAUAAGGUGACAUUUUCUUUUUCCUGUGAAAUUAUAACAGAACUAAACUAAACAGAAACAUGCCUGCCAAUAUCCUGCCCAUCUUGGCCCCACUGCCCAACCAAGAAAAUCUUAGUGGUAAGGGUGAUAGCAAUAGACUGAUCACUUCAUAUCCUAGUUCAAGGUCGGAUUUGAAUGUAAAUGUUUUACGAUCCCAUGAACUAAAGAGAACUUUUGAUCAACCUGGCCAUGAUCGUCCAGCAGGAGAAGCUCUUAUGAGAAAUAAACCAGGAUCUUGUGCAGAAUCAGAUUACACCAUAUAAUUAAGAUCAUUGCCACCUGAGGUGGUCUGGACCAACAGUUAUCUAGCUACAGCCUUUCAACAAGGUUUAGCAGAUAACAUUUUGGAUGAGAUAGCCGCUAAAGACUUACCUAGUGACCUAAACAAUUUAAAUGAUUAUUGUAUCCAAGAGAAGCAUUCACACAGAGAUAGACAAAGACACUUGUUCCUUUGUCAUGCUCUGAAACACCCUUUAUCAGAUGUACUUGCCCUUCCUCCUCCUGAGCCUAUGCAGCUAGGAUUACCAAGCUGACAGAAGCAGAAAAGGCCUUCAGGAGGAGAGAGUUUAUGCCUAUUUUGUGGGCAAAAAAAUUAUUUAGGGAAGGAAUGCCCUAUCACUUCCACAUAAGGCUGAUUGGAGUAGGGGACCAGCCCUUUAUGUCAGAGAACAAAACAUCUCAGUAAAAGCCUUGACUGAUUCUGGAGUAGCAGAAAAUAUCAUCAAUACUAUUUUUGUCAGUUUCUCUCAUUAAAAAGGCAACACUCUUGGCCAUUAAGGCCAUAGAUGGUAGACCACUAUUCACACCCCAGAUUAUCAUAAAACUAAACCAUUAUCCAUGAAUGUAGGAGUUUUGCACUCAGAACAAAUUGUUUCAGAUUAUUUCUUCUCCUUGUUCCAUAGCAGAAGUCAGGGCUGGCAGUGGAGUAACGUAGUCAGUAAAGCAGGCAAAGGUCAGAGUCCAGGAAAUCAGUCAGUAGUGAAGCAAAGAUCCAAUAGGAAACACCAAACAGGCAAAUUUUUUUUUACCAGAUUCUAGGUUUCGGGCAGGGCUGGCUUUUACAGCCUGCAAAGUAGAUGCAGCUGACCCUAAUUGGAAAAGGGCUACAGGUGGAUCAGCACUGCUUAAUCGAGGCAAGGGGUCAGGAAGCAGAAUAAUGCAAACAGAAACUAAACCCCCUGCUGGACAGUACGGCAGAGAACCUGACUGGGAUGCUGGAGCUGUGAGUUCAAACCCAGCCAGGCCUCUUAAAGGGGCACCAUGCCUUGCUGUCUGCAGGGCUCGGGCUGUGCUGUGACAGAGCCCCCCCAGAAGGGGUGACCUCCGGGGGCAAACUACAGGAUCCAGUUCAGGCUCAGACAGGGAAUCCAGGUCUGUAUAGGCAUCCGAAUCAUCAGGAUCUGAGAGUGUUGGAACAUUUUGCAGGUUGUGAUUCUUCGAGAAGGCAGUGGAGGCAAGAAGGGGAUGCAACUCUGGCCUUAAGAGCCUAUUUAAAGGCAUUUAGAUCUUCCCUGCGGACCAUGGUUCCAUUGGAGGCAAUUACACAGCCUGGAGACAGAUCCUCUCUGUUGGAGCAGGAAAUGUUAGGGGAGACAGAGGCUGGGGAUUGGAAGGUAGCCACAGCAGCUUCCUUUUGAUGCUCAGGAGCAGGGUUAGCCAGGGCUGUGAUGGUGCCAUUGGUUGGUUAGGUAGGUUUUCAGUCCAGUAGCAUGCAGAGUUGAACAAAAAAGGGGCAAUGGAGGACUUUCUGGAUGGUGAUACAGAGCCCCACACAUGGCUAUGUUUAGGGUGAGGAGGACGUAUCGGGCAAUAGCUGAUGUAAUGGCCUCCCUUGCCACAAUAGAAGCAAAGGCCUUCAACUCUCCUUCUGGUCUUUUCAUUUACUGUAAGCAUGGGUUUAGUGCUCUAAUCUGCAUGGGUUCCUCUAUAUUCAUGGUGAGGAUAGGGGUAUAGGUCUCACCAGCAGGUUGGGAGCAUUGAUCGGGCAGAGGGUUCGUCUCAAAUCGCUCCUGCCUUCUUUCUCUGAAACGGCGAUCCAGCUGGGUGGCUAGCACCAUUAAUUCUUCCAGGGAGGUUGGAACUCCCACUCGUGCCAGUUCAUCCUUAAGGGUUUCAGUUAAACCAAGGUGGAAUUGGUCCACUGGGGUGGUUUCAUUGAGUCCAGUGUCUGAUGACAAGCCACGGAACUCUGUGAUGUAAUUUUCCACAGGACGGUUUCCUUGUUUAAGGGAAUGGAGAGAAGUCCUGGAUUUAGAGGCACGGAAGGGGUCCUCAUACAAGGAGGUCAAGGCUGUAGCAAAGGAUUCCCAGGUGUCCAGUACAGGGCUUUUGGAAUACAGCUGUUGAUGAGCGCAGGUCUUGGGUUGCCCGGAUAACAGGGUGAUGACAGUUCUUACUUUAACAAAAUCUGUGGCAUAGGUACGGGGUUUAAGUACAAACAGGAUUUCACAGUCUGUGAUAAAGGAGUGGAAGGAAGCCCUGCAACCAGUGAAUCUUUCAGGCAAUGCAAUAUCAGGUUCAGGAGCAUGGUGUGUGCUCCCCUUUAAAUCAGCAUAGCCACGCUGCAAUUCACUUACGGUUUGAGACAGGAGGGUCACUUGCUGUGUGAGGGUACUCAGGACAUUCAUCAUCUCCGCGGGCUCCAUGGUAGUCGAUCUGGUCAUUAUGUAAUAGUUACCUGGGGACCUAUGUAACAGUUUAACAGGAGUUGGAGCCCAGUUGCAGGAGAUAGUACAGGGAGGAGGCAAAAACCAGAAGCACAGUACAGAUUAAAGGGAAAUCCAAAGGCAGGGUCAGACGAGAAGCAGAAGUCAGGGCUGGCAGCAGAGUAACGUAGUCGGUAAAGCAGGCAGAGGUCAGAGUCCAGGAAAUCAGUCAGUAGUGAAGCAAAGAUCCGGCAGGAAACACCAAACAGGCAAAAAUGACCAGAUGCUAGGUUUCAGGCAGGGCUAGCUUUUACAGCCUGCAAAUUAGAUGCAGCUGACCCUAACUGGAAAAGGGCUACAGGUGGAUCAGCACUGCUUAAUCCAGGCAAGGGGUCAGGAAACAGAAUAAUGCAAUCAGAAACUAAAGCUCCCUGGUAGACAGCACGGCAGAGAACCUGACUGGGAUGCUGGAGUUGUGAGUUCAAACCCAGCCAGGUCUCUUAAAGGGGCGGCCACACCUUGCUGUCUGCUGUGACACAUAGGGUAAUACAGUAUAGAAAAAAGGGAAGAGAGGAGAUAAUAAAACUCACAAUUGUAGAGCGCAAAAGCAUGCUCUAACUGUAAAGGCUCCUCAAUGUGGCCUGAGAGAUGACCAUGGCCGUCUUUAUUCAGCUUCUCUUUAAAACAACACGCUUUUAAGACCUCUUGUUGCAUCUAGCUAGUCCACACGCUGGGAAAGCAGGUCUGUUGCCAGAACUCCAGUGUGGCUUCUGACCAGCAUGCAAAUGUAAUGACGCGUUUCGCCGAUGACUCGGCUUCCUCAGAUCUCCCUUCCAAAUGUCCUAAAUCUUCAUUUAAACCCACAAAUGUGGGCAUGAGAGAUACAAAUCCACAGUCUAUUUGAUAUAUCUCUGAACUUCAUUAUAUUGUAAAAGUCUCUUAGGAAAAAGGCAGAGCAUUGUGGAUACUGAGGAAAAUAUCCACUAAAUAUAAAAGUCCACAAUUGCUAUAGUCCAAAUCUCUAAUAUUAGAUGCAUAAAAAGAGACCUGAAAUGAGAAUACAGAGGGGAAUAUCUGCUAGAUGUGGGAAAAUGGAAAAAAUAAAUAAAUGUACAAACAUAAAAAUAACCACAUAUAAAGAAAUAUGUGUAAAAUAAGAGCUACCUGGGGGGAGGCGGGGGUGGAGCCAGUGCUUGACUUGAUCAGUCUCAUACUCGCGGCUCUCCGACGAUCAAAACCCCAAACAGUCUAAAUUCUGCCCAAAAAGGCUACUGAAUAUUUUGCAAGAAGCCCAGCAGCACCCCAACACUGAUUGGGAGAAAAUCUAAAAAAACGCGCCCGGGUCGGCCUCGGCAAUCCGUGGAUAUUGGCGAUCUAUUGAGGAGACCGCAUGGCACGGCGGGGCCUAACAUGGCAGCCGACAUCGAGGACUACUCUGACAACUCGGACGACAUACCCCUGCACUGUCCUGAGAAUCUGGGAUAUCAAGGGCCGGCUAAGUCUGUACAGCCAACAGCCGACAGCCAACCCUGUCACCACCGAGAUACUCACCCCUCUCCUCUCAGACCUGCACCAGACACUAUCGGCGAAGAUCUCCCAAGUAAGGGAGGAUGUCAAGGGGUUCACCGCUCUCCUCACCACUGUGGAGCAGAUUACCCAAACGCAAGCAGUGCAGGUGACAGAACUCCAGACACAGGUGAGAGAACUUACCUUGGCUCACACUACACUGACCCACCAACUAGCAGCCAUGGAGGAUAAAAGUAGAAGGAAGCACAUUAAAAUCCAAGGCCUCUCUGACACUCUGACCCCAGCUGAACUGCCCCAUCUCCUCCGCAGGCUUUUUGCAACCCUGCUGCCCCCUAAGCAAGCAAAGGGGAUACAGCUGGAUGGCAUGGUUCGCCUACCCAAGCCACCACAACUCACAGGCUCUGCAACAGGCAACCUCCUGGUCAAAUGUCAAAAUGGGCAAGCUAAAACAGCACUCAUGGGUGCCAUCAAGGGGAAGAACCCCUUCAGUUUUGAAGGCAUGGACUUAACAUUCUUCUCAGACCUCUCACGCACUACCCUGCAAUGGCGAAAAUCCCUUCGCCCGUUGACAACAUCACUGGCAGCCAAAGGGGUGACGUACCAUUGGGGACCAUCACACGUACUCAUUAUACCGCAUCAGGGAACUGAACAUCGAGUAACUGUCCUGGCUGCAUUGGGCCUCACGACCCCUCCGACUACUACAGCUUGAGACCCAGCCAAUGUUGUCCCAUUUGUCCCAACUCUCAGGAGGUUUACCCCUCCAAUUUACCUUUAUCACAUUCAGACCUCUGACUCUACGUCAUUCCAAGUCUACUGCACACACACGGCGGGCCACCCCCGCGGUCACCCAUCACAGACACCGGGAAUAACCCAAAAAAGCAUAUCAUGUUGCCGUUGGGCUUGUUAUAGCUGUCGUGGCUAUCCAAGCAAGAUGUAAUGCUCGCACAACAAAAAUAAAGAAUGAAUAAAAAAAAAAAUAAGAGCUGCUUAGUAUAUACUAUACAUAAAAAGAUCUAGACCAACUGUCUAAUCCGUGAUAAUAUGUAAGUAUAAUAGAACUAGACACCAACUAUCAAGAAAAAUUGCAACAAUGUAAUAAAAAUGGUAAAUGAAAGAGAGACACCAUAAAUACCAUAAUAACAAUAAAAGUUAAGAAACUGGAUGAAUACGUAAACUAUAUAGAAUAUGACCAACAUAUUCAAGUAAAAGAGGAGAACUUCACCAGAUACACUUUACAUAAAAACAUGUAUCUGGUCUAAUCCGUGAUAAUAUGCAAGUGUAAUAAAAAAGAAGGAUCACCUACUAUCUAAAAAAAAUAGAAUAAAAAUAAUUAAUACAAAGAGGAACUCCAUAAAAUAUUGUUAUGACUAUAUAAUGCGGGUAUAACCACUUCAGAUAAAAAUGUAUUCAAUAGUGUAAAAAAUUGGAUGAAUAUAUGGAUACGAAUUAAAAAAAAAAUAAAAACAAUAUUAUAAAAAAAUUUAGAGGUCAAACUCUAUAUUUAAACCUUGUGAUACUAAGGUUUUUAAUUUAUGUACCCAUUUCAUUUCUUCUCUACCUAUUUUUAGAAGAUGACUUCCACUUUUGUUCUGAAUUUAUUAAUGCCCUUUAGGGUUUUAUUUUUACUAUAUUUGCAACUAGAGCAUUUGUUACAAGAAUAAAAACCUUUUUGCCAUUUAAAAAUUGUCUUUAUUUCUCUUUUUUGGGGGGGUUGUGGGUUAAAAUUAAGUUAAAAUUAGAUGCUCCUCUAAAAGUUCUGAAGGGUUUAUGAGGAAUUAAUUUGGCUAAUUCAUUAUCUUUCUUUAACGUAUGCCAAUGUUUAUUAAUUAUGGUUUUAAUUUCACUGUGUUCUUCAUUAUAGUCAAAUACUAGUGGGAUCUUAUCCAUUUUAUCCUUAUUAGUUAUCUCAAUCUUUGGAGUAAUAAGAUCCUCCUGGUUUAAUAUCAAAGAUUCUUCAUACACUUUAUUCACUAUAGAAAGGAGAAGUGCAGCCACCUCUUCUUCAGUAGCCCGGGGAGAAAGUCUGAAGGGUAGGAAAGGCAUGAUCUACGUGUUUUGCCAUUUAAAAAUUGUCUUUAUUUCUCUUUUUUGGGGGGGUUGUGGGUUAAAAUUAAGUUAAAAUUAGAUGCUCCUCUAAAAGUUCUGAAGGGUUUAUGAGGAAUUAAUUUGGCUAAUUCAUUAUCUUUCUUUAACGUAUGCCAAUGUUUAUUAAUUAUGGUUUUAAUUUCACUGUGUUCUUCAUUAUAGUCAAAUACUAGUGGGAUCUUAUCCAUUUUAUCCUUAUUAGUUAUCUCAAUCUUUGGAGUAAUAAGAUCCUCCUGGUUUAAUAUCAAAGAUUCUUCAUACACUUUAUUCACUAUACUUUCUGGAUAUUGUUUUUUUUUUUUUUUUAAACCUAGCCUUUAAAAGCUGAGCUUGUACUUUAAAAAACUCUACUUAGUUAUUUGAGUUAGGAUUAUUUAAAAAAUAUUUCUAACUCCGCCACAGAGGACAAAGAUCUAGCUGACUGCCUCAAUGAAUAUUUUUGUUCAGUAUUUACAGAUGAAAAUAAAGGAAAGGGGCCUUAGUUAGUAAAAAUAACAAAUUAGCCAUUUGUUACAUGUGAGUUUACAGAGGAAGAGGUACAAUUUGAACUGAAAUAUAGGACUCCAACUGAGACAGGACGAGGGGAGGAGAUAUUAUUAGAAAAAUAGACACUAAAUGAGCGUUUGGAGAGAUAAGAGGAAAUCCACGAGACGACAGAGUCACAGAGACUGAGUGAUUGAAGAGUUUGAAGAAGGAGAGCAUGAUCAACGGUGUCAGCAGAGAGUUCAAGAAGAAUUAGUUUGGAGUAGUGGCCUUUGGAUUUAGCUGUGAUUAGGUAGUUAGUAACUUUGAUAAGCGCAGUCUCAGUAGAGUGGAGAGGGUGGAAUCCAGAUUUAAGAGGGUCAAGUUGGAAUUGAGGAAGUGAGACACACACAAGUUUUUCCAGAAGCUUUGAGGAAAAAGGGAGUAGGAUGAUAGUUAGAGGGGGAGGACGGGUCAAGAGAUGUUUUUUUCAGGAUAGGUACUACAGUGGCAUGUGUAAGGUCAGCAGGGACAAUGCCAGAAGAGAGAGCAGUUGAAGAUGUGUGUUAAGGAAGGCGCAAGACAAGGGGAAAGAGAUCUGAUAAGGUGAGAUGGGACAAGAUCAAGCGGGCAAGUGGUGGGCCGAGAAGAAAGGAGAAGUGCAGCCACCUCUUCUUCAGUAGCCCGGGGAGAAAGUCUGAAGGGUAGGAAAGGCAUGAUCUACGUGUGGUUGAGAAAGAGAACGGCAAGGAGGGAGAAUUCUUUCCUUAGCUGUUCCAUCUUGUCAGUAAUGUAACAUGCAAAGCUAUCGGCAGUGUAACACUUAUUUUAAUUGGAACUCAACUGCAGAAUUUCUAAUUGCAGUAACUGAAAGUUUGACCUCCUUUUAUAUGGAUAUGAAGGAGUGGUUACUGUCACUUUAAUUACAUAUGUAGGAUCUUAAUUGAAUAAGUAAUAGACUGUUGAUUUGUACAAUACUCUUAAUUCCUCUUUAUUAAUAAUGCAGAGUUAGAUUCCAGAUUAAUAUAAGAAGGAAUUUUCAUAAGAAGACAAUUAAUGAAGCAGGAGAAGUUGCAAUUAUAAAUGACUUGAUUAUUGGAGGAAGAGUUAGCCUUGUUAGCAGAUCCUUAAGAAAUAAGGAAGAAAUUAUUGAGAGAAUGACAUAUAACUGUAUAUGAUUUGUAACAGAGAGUGGCUUGAUUGGAGAAAAGUUACUUAACUUAAAAGGCAGUUACUGGAACUGAAGGGUUAACUUCACCCGAUGGUUGAGAAGGUAGAAGUCCGUUUUAGCAAGCCGUGGUCUAGGAGUGGAGAAGGUGGGAGUCCGUUUAACAAGCCGAGGUCUGGGAGUGGAGAAGGUAGGAGUCCGUUUUAACAAGCCGAGGUAGGAGUGGAAAAAGGUAGAAGUCCGUUAUUAGAAAGCCGAGGUCUGAAACAGGCAGGAGCGUGGUAAAGCAGCUGAUCACUUUGCACGCACCUGUGCAAUAAUCCAGCAUUUUAAAUCUGGCGCGGUCUUCCUAAGUACCGUGGAAGGACCGCGUCAGAGAAAGGGGCGGGGCUAAGUGCCGUGAACCCGGAAGUGGGUUCUUACGGCGGAAUGCAUGUCAGACUAUACCUGACAGUACUCCCUUCUCAUGGGGCAUCCUCUGGGUGCACUUUAGUUCGGUUUGGAGGGAUAACGUUUGUGAAAAGCAGCAACUAACCUCUUUGCAUGUACAUUAGAUGAAUCUUCCCAAGUAUCUUCAUCAACACCAUAACCUUUCCAUCUAAUAAGAUAUUGUAAGGUGCCACGGUGGACACGUGAAUCCAAAAUUUUAUGUAUCUCAUAUUCCUCUUCACCCUGGACAAUGAUAGGUUCAGGAGUUGUUAUCAUAUCCCUAUUGAAAGGAUCAGGGAUGUGUGGUUUAAGCAAAGAGACAUGGAAUACAGGAUGAAGUUUAAAACUUGGAGGGAGUUCUAAUUUAACAACGUUAUCAUUAAUGACCUCAAUUACUUGAAAGGGACCAAGAAAAAGGGAGCUUAAUUUCUUUGAAGGUCGGUUUGUGGCGAUAUUCCUUGAAGAAAGCCAGACCAGAUCCCCUACUUUGUAAGGAGGGGGAAUUCUUCUUUUAUUGUCAAAAAACCUUUUCUUGUUAUUUUGGGCGAAUUGAAGAUUUUCCCGUAAUUUGAGAAAUAGAGAGGACAUAAAUUCGUUUUUUGAUGUAACAGUAGGAUUGGAUGAAAUAUUAAUUUGGAUGGGAAAUGAAGACGGAUGGAACCCAUAGUUCGAGAAAAAAGGAGUCAUUUUCGUACUAGAAUGAAUAGUGUUGUUGUAAGAGAAUACGGCCAUAGGUAACCAUGUGGUCCAGUCAUCUUGCAGGUAUGAACAAUAAAAUCGAAGAUACUGUUCCAAACAUUGAUUAACCCUCUCUGUUUGCCCAUUAGUUUGGGGAUGAUAGGCGGAUGAGAGUUUGCGUUGAAUUUGAAGGGAGAGACACAUCUCUUUCCAGAAUUUGGGGGUAAAUUGUGUCCCUCUAUCAGAAAUAAUUUCUUCAGGAAGACCAUGAAGUUUUACAAUAUUGUCUAUAAAGACUUUAGACAAUUCUACGGAGGAGGGUAAUUUCUUUAAAGAGAUAAAAUGGGCCAUUUUUGUGAAGCGGUCCACAACGACAAGAAUAGUGGUGAAAUGUUGAGAUGGUGGAAGAUCUACAAUAAAAUCCAUAGAAAUGGAUUGCCAAGGUUUUUCUGGAAUAGGUAAGUUAAGUAGUAGUCCAAAAGGUUGAUUAUGUUCGGGUUUGGACCUUUGACAGAUAGGGCAAGUUUUGACAUAUAAUUCAAUGGUUCUAUCCUGGCGAGGCCACCAACAAUAUCGAGAAGUUAGUUCAAGAGUUUUCUUAAUCCCAGGAUGUCCAGCUAGUGGUGAAUCAUGAACCAUUUUAAGUAAUUUAUUCCUAAAAAUAGGAGGGAUAUAAAUUCUAUUUUUAAAAUAAAAUAUACCAUCCUUUUUUGUUAAUAUAGGUUUUUUGGGAAGAUCAAGAUCCUUUUGAUUCAAAUUCUUUAUGUCAUCAUGAAGAGAGGAGAGGAUUCCAAUUGUUUUGUUAGGAGGAUAAUCAUUAAUAGAAGUUUUAUGAGGAAUUCGGGAGAGGGCGUCAGCCUUUUUAUUUCUAGUUCCAGGUCUGUAUACUAAUUUGUAGUUAAAUCGGUUAAAAAAGAGGCUCCAUCUAACUUGUCUAGCUGUAAGGGUUUUGUUAGUAUAGAGAUAUUCAAGAUUUUUAUGAUCAGUAUAAACAACUAUAGGGUGUUUUGUAUCUUCAAGAAGAUGACGCCAAUUUUCAAAGGCGGCUUUAACACUUAACAAUUCUUUUUCACCAAUAGGAUAAUUUUUCUCAGCGGAGCUCAAGGAUCUUGAAAAGAAGGCAACUGGAU